CGGCGCAAUGCGGGAGACGCCCGGGACGCCUCAUUCUUCGCUCACAACUCGUAUUCGACCGACGUCUUCAAGAUUUCGGGGAUGAUGACUUAAAUCCAGCUUAAAAUUCGAGAGCCGUUUACGCAGGCCUUAAUCAACGAACAGACUUAUAUCCAAUUGAUUUUUACUUAAAAUUCGUGUGGUGAUUUUUUUUUUGUGCUCUAUAGUGUUUUAGUUUUUAUUUUUAUUAUUUUAAUCGACUAUUUUAUCGAUAUCUGUGAAAUAAAUGUGGUGACAAAAUGAAUCGACAACAGCAACAGCAAAUGUCGCAGCAGCAGCAACAAAUGUCGCAGCAGCAAGAAACGACUACUCAGCAACAACAGCAACGGGUGACUAGGACUGAGCAACAUGUCACUCGCCAGGUCACUGGACAUAUGACAGUGCAAGGUGGCCAGCUCACCCAAGAACAAAUCCAACAAAUACCCGGUUUUGGACCCAACGCCUCGCCUCCAGUUUUCGAAAAAGUGUUUAGCAACGCUCGAUUCGCUCAAGGAGGUGUCGCAGCUUUUGAAGGUCGCAUUACCGGCAAACCCCAGCCCCAAGUGUCCUGGACAAGGAAGGGCGCGCCACUGCUCAAUUCCCAGAAACAUCGACUUUCAUAUAACGAAACGACUGGAGAUGUUACGCUCCAGAUACAUCAAAUUGGCCCUGGAGAUGAAGGUGAAUACGUUUGCACCGCCAAAAACCAAUACGGAGAGGCCGUGUGCUCCGUGUACAUCUCUCCAGAGGGCAUGCAGAUGCCUCAAAGAUUUUCGCAACAAAGCCAAUUUGAUAAAACGACGACUUAUUCUAAUGGUACCGUGGUUACCGAAGAUUUUAAAAUUGAUACAUUCGAAUAUAGACUGCUUCGCGAAACCUCCUACCGAGAGACCAUCACAAGACGUUCCACUUACGAGAAAGAUUCCGAAAUAUCCACAACAGUUGAACGAUCGCUGGGACCACCAGCGCCGCCGCAAAUUUCCCAAAAACCUCGCAACUCCAAGUUACUCGAAGGUUCCGAUGCUGUAUUCACAUCCAAGCUAUCUUCUAAUCCUAGACCAAGGAUAACCUGGUUUAAGAACGGACAAAGAAUCGUGGAAAGCCAAAAAUACGAAAGCGUUAUGAGUAAUAAUCAAGCAUCUUUGAGAGUCAAACAAGUUACUGGAGAUGAUUCUGGACAUUACACUAUGUUGGCGGAGAAUCCCCAAGGGUGUGUAGUAUCAUCUGCGUACCUCGCUAUUGAACCAGUCUCAACGCAAGAAGGUUUAAUCCACGAAUCAACUUUCAAAUCUCAACAAACUGAAGUUGAAACUACAGAUACAGCUAAAACGCUUGCACCUAACUUUGUUCGGGUGUGCGGAGAUCGUGACGUCACUGAAGGAAAAAUGACUAGAUUUGACUGUAGGGUAACUGGACGUCCUUAUCCAGAAGUGUUAUGGUUCAUCAAUGGACAACAAGUUGUAGAUGAUCAUAAUCACAAAAUUCUAGUUAAUGAAUCUGGAAAUCAUUCUCUAAUGAUUACAACUGUUGGUAGAAACGACUCAGGAGUAGUCACUUGUGUUGCUAGGAAUAAAACUGGAGAAACAUCUUUCCAGUGUAAUCUGAAUGUUAUUGAAAAAGAGCAAGUCGUCGCACCUAAAUUUGUCGAAAGAUUCACCACAGCUAAUGUUCGCGAAGGCGAGCCGGUCCUACUCAAUGCUCGAGCAGUUGGUACUCCAACUCCAAGAAUUUCAUGGCAAAAGGAUGGAGUACCUCUACAAUCUAACCAAGAUGUACGCAUCAAUAUCGAUGGGGGUGCCACCACUUUAGAUAUACCCAGACCAAAACCCAGCGAUGCUGGUUGGUACCAAUGCACCGCCCAAAACGUAGCUGGGUCUACUGCAACCAGAGCACGCCUAUUCGUAGAAACGCCACAAGGACCGGCCCCUGAAAUAAAACGCCUGCACUUUCCAAGACCGACGCGAGUCAUCGAACCUGAACCCGAACCUGGCCCGGAAGUUAUUUACCUCCGUCACGUAGAACGAUCUAGACCACAUGCCGCUCCAGGCGAAGAAGAUCGAAUUUAUCCACCACCCCGUUUUAUUGUACCUCUACAAGAUUCAGUACAGUUUGAAGGAGGCAAAGUACACUUCGAGGCCAGAAUAGAACCAGUCGGUGAUCCUACUAUGGUCGUCGAAUGGUUCUUGAAUGGUAGACUUAUGGCAGCUAGUUCCAGAGCUACCUCAAUUUUCCGCUUUGGCUUCAUUGCCCUCGACCUAAUUUCUUUGAUCACACACGAUGCUGGAGAAUACGUUUGUCGCGUGACGAGUGCUACUGGAAUCGCAGAGUCUCGCGCCAUUCUCCAGAUAAGACAACGAGAAUCUAUUGAAAAAACCAGUCAACAUCCUGAUAGUUUGCAGUACAUUCAUCAAUUGGAGGAUUACUCUAGGUAUCAAAGACAAGAAAGUUUGGAAGAAAGAACUAACCAAAAACCUCACUUCAUCCGUCCGCUCCAGGAUUUGGGUGAGCUACAAGAAGGAAGAAAUGCACACUUUGAGGCGCAGUUGACUCCUGUUAGCGACCCAACCAUGAAAGUGGAGUGGUACAAAGAUGGCCGACCAAUUACCGCCAGCUCUAGGAUCUCUACCAUCUUCAACUUCGGUUACGUGUCUCUCAAUAUUAUGCACCUACGUGCCGAAGAUGCCGGAUCCUACACUGUGCGCGCUGUAAACCACCUAGGAGAAGCUAUUAGUACUGCAACUGUUCAAGUUUUUAGUAAAUCGACUGUUACUGGUGAUCUAGGAAUCCCCGAGCAACAACGCUACAUUGAAAAAGUCCAAGAGCUUGAAUCCUGGAAGCAACAGGAUCAUCAGAAAUAUAUUGUAGAAACACCUGAAAGCUUGGCCCCGCCAGAAUUCAAAACUCCUAUCAAAGACCAACUAGGAAUUCGUGAAGGCGGUUUUGCCCACUUUGAAGCACGCCUAGAACCCGUUGGUGAUGCUACCAUGAAAGUUGAAUGGCUCAAAGAUGGCCGUCCAGUUGAAGCUAGUUCUAGAAUCACAAGCUUCUUCAAUUUCGGUUACGUUGCUCUUACGAUUAAAGAAGUAACGAUUCACGAUGUGGGCCAUUAUACCUGCAGAGCUUAUAAUGCUUUAGGUCAAGCUACCACCACAGCUCAGCUAAGCGUUGUCAGUAAAAAAGACAUAAUCUUCGACUCUCAACAUCCUGGCGGCUUAGAAAAAAUCCAGCAUUUGGAAGAUUCCAGCCGCUACAUGCGUAAAGAACAAGAAGAAGUACAAGUUACGCAAAAACCAAGGUUUUUGGGACCACUCAAAGGAACCAAUAGAAUUGUAGAAGGACAGCGAGCACAUUUUGAGGCUCGCGUUGAGCCUCAAAGUGAUAUGACCUUGAAAAUUGAAUGGUACUUCAACGGGAAACCCAUUCAACCAGCCAAUAGAAUCCAAACUUACCAUGAUUUUGGAUAUGUCGCCCUCGAUAUUUUGAGUGUAAGGGAAGAAGAUGCCGGUACUUACACAGUGGUAGCCAGAAAUAUUUUGGGAGAAGCUCAAGUUUCUGCUAGCAUGGUAGUUGAAACUCGUGCUAGUAUCGAUACUAGAAGCAUGCAUAAAGGAGCUUUCGAUAAAACCCAACACUUGGAACAAUCCAAAUUUGUCGAACCUCAAUACCACAUUGAAGAAAUCUCCAAAUCCAAGCCUGUAUUCGUUGUCCCUCUAUCAGACCCACAGCCUUGCCCUGAAGGCAGAAAUAUUCAUCUCGAAUGUAGAUUAGAACCCAUGGGAGACCCAACAAUGAGAGUUGAGUGGUACUGCAACGGCAAACCAGUAAUUGUAGGUUCCAGAUUCCGAACUUACAACGAUUUCGGAUUUAUUGCUCUGGACAUUAUCCAUGCUACUGCUCAAGAUUCUGGAGAAUAUACUGUCCGUGCUGUGAACCAUCUUGGAUCAGCACAUACCUCGGCUUGUGUGAGAGUUAUCGGCAGUUCAGAUAUCAUCACUGAUAGCCAACAUGAACAAUCCUUGGAACAAAUUCAAAUGCUUGAAGAUUCUUCACGUCACAGAAAGCAAAUUCAAGAAGACGUCACUGUGCUUCAAGCUCCUCAAUUCACUAGACCAUUGCAUAAUAUUGAAACAGUAGAGGGUACUAACAUUCAUAUGGAGUGCCGUCUGCAACCUGUAGGUGACUCUACAAUGAGAGUUGAAUGGUUCUGUAAUGGUUUUCCAGUAAAAACUGGCCAUCGCUUCAGGCCUGCCUACGACUUUGAUUACGUAGCUUUGGACCUAUUAAGUGUUUAUCCUGUAGAUUCUGGAAUUUAUACUUGCCAAGCUAGAAAUCAAUUGGGAGAAGCUGUAACUUCAUGCAGCGUGAAAGUUAUUGCUAAAAGAGAUUUAUUAUUUGACAGCCAACAUCCGGCUGGCUUGGAGAAAAUUCAACAUCUUGAAGAUUCUUCUAGAUACAAGCGUACUGAGUUUGUUGAUGAACAGGUCACAGUGAAACCAAGAUUUGUUACCAAGCCUAAAAAUUUGGAAAAUACUGUUGAAGGCCAACAUGCACAUUUUGAAUGUAAAAUUGAACCGGUAACUGAUUCAAAUCUAAAAGUAGAAUGGUUCAAAAAUGGCAGGCCUGUUACAGUAGGUCACAGAUUCCGUCCAAUCCAUGACUUUGGUUAUGUCGCUUUGGAUAUUGUUGAUUUAAUAGCUGAAGAUUCUGGAACCUACACUUGCCGCGCUACAAAUUUAAUUGGUUCCGAUGAAACCACUUGUGCAUUGAAAUGUAGACAAACUGGGCAAAUCAUUACAAGCACUGUCAACGAAACUGGUUUGCAACAAAUUCAACAUUUGGAAGAUCGUUCCCGUUACCAAAGACGUGAAGAUAUUGACGAGACUACCACUCAAGCUCCAAUGUUUACUACUUCUUUGAAAAAUAUUGAUAUCAAAGAAGGCCAACGUGCUCACUUCGAAUGCCGUAUAAUUCCGGUAUCAGAUGCCACAAUGAAAGUAGAAUGGUACCACAAUGGACAACCACUAAAAUCUGGUUCAAGGUUCACUGAAACGAACAGCUUUGGAUUUGUGGCCUUGGAUAUUUUAUAUACUUACCCAGAAGACGCUGGAACUUACACUUGCAGAGCGGUCAAUGCUCUUGGAGAAGCUGUUACUUCAGCUAUUUGCAAUGUACAGUCUAAGAAGUCUCUUUAUUUGGAAUCAGUUCACGAAGGUGCUUUGCAAAAACUCACGGAACUCGAAGAUUCUUCUCGCUACCAACGUAAAGAAGUUCAUGAGGAAACAAUUAGCCAGGCACCAGUAUUUACUGUGCCAAUGAAAGAUCUUAGAACAGCUGAAAAUCAAGCUGCUCAUUUUGAAGCCAGACUGAUCCCUGUGGGUGAUUCACGACUUAAAGUCGAAUGGUUUAGGAAUGGAGUGCCAAUCCAAGCAUCUAACCGUAUAACUACCAUGCACGACUUCGGCUACGUGGCCCUCAACAUGAAAUACGUAAAUCCAGAAGAUUCUGGAACCUACACAUGCCGCGCGAUGAAUGAUUUGGGAGAAGCCGUUACUUCUGCCGUGUUAGACGUCAAAUCUAAAGCCUCUCUCCAAUUCGAAACCCAGCAUGAAGGAGCCCUUCAAAAACUUCGUCAACUAGAAGAUACAAGCCGCUACCAUCGCCGAGAAGAGGAAGAAAUCCAAGUAACUCAAGCCCCAUUCUUCUCAGCCCAACUUAACGGCCCUACUGAACUUAUUGAAGGUCAAAGUGCCCACUACGAAUGCCGCAUCGAGCCUUACCCAGAUUCCAACCUGAAAGUCGAAUGGUUCCAUAAUGGUCAACCAUUGACUACUGGACAUAGAUUCAGAACAGCUUACGAUUUUGGCUUUGCUAGCCUAGACGUUCUGACAGCUUAUGCUGAAGAUUCUGGAACUUACACUUGUAAGGCUACGAAUCUUAUCGGUCAAGCUCAGUCUUCUGUACAAACGUCAGUCAGAUCUAGGGCUUCGAUUAUCCGCGAUACUCAACAUGAAGGUGCCCUGCAAAAGAUUCAAUAUUUAGAAGAUGAUUCUAAAUACAAAAAAGUUUCUCGUGAAGAUGCUAUUAUUCUUGAAAAACCACAAUUCGGAAGAGGACUUAAAACCAUUGAAAACCUUCCAGAAGGACAAAGUGCUCAUUUGGAAGCAACUCUCACUCCAGUUAACGAUCCAACAAUGAAAGUCGAAUGGUAUUGCAAUGGAAGACCCAUCCAGACUGGCCAUAGAUUCAAAACAACCUACGACUUCGGUUAUGUUGCUUUGGAUAUUUUAUAUGCUUACGCAGAAGAUUCUGGAACAUACAUGUGUAAGGCUAGAAAUGCAGUUGGUGAGGCUGUCACCACGGCAGCAGUUUCUGUGGUAAAAAGUAAAAAUCUUUAUCUGGAAACCAUGGAUGAGCAAAGAUUGAAAAAAUUAAAGGAAUUAGAAACCUAUGAAAGACCCAGAAAAGAAGAAGUGGAACCAUUGCCACAAAAACCGGUCUUCUUAACACCUCUAAUCAGCUUAGAUAAUCUCCAAGAAAGCCAACAUGCUCACUUAGAAACUAGAGUUGAACCUAUCAACGAUGCCAAUCUUAAGAUCGAAUGGUUCGUUAAUGGUGUCAAACUCAAAACUGGCCAUAGGUUCAGAACUACACAUGAUUUUGGAUACGUGGCUUUGGAUAUUUUAUACGCAUACCCCGAAGAUACUGGUACUUAUAUGUGCAAGGCUAGCAAUCUUGUUGGUGAAGCUGUCAAUACUUGCACCCUUAAAGUUGGCGGUGGAAGAGGAAUUUUGCUUGAUACUCACCAUCCUGAAGGCUUACAAAAGAUAAGAGAAUUAGAAGCCCAAGGACAUCCUGCCAGAUUAGAGGUUGAAGAACCUAUUCCAACUGCUCCACGAUUUAUUACUAAUCUUCGCGGUACCACAGAAAUUUAUGAAGGUCAAACAGCUCACUUCGAAGCCCAAGUUGAACCUAUUCACGACUCUAGUUUGCGUAUUGAAUUCUUCCAUAAUGGCAAGCCUUUACCUCAUGGAAACCGAUUCCACAUUACUUUCGAUUUUGGAUAUAUUGCUUUGGAUAUUAGUCACGCAGUACCAGAAGACGCAGGAGAAUAUUCAGUUAAAGCCAUCAAUAAUCUUGGCCAAUGCGUAUCCUCAAUAAGCCUUAGAGUGAUUUCUAGGGAAAAUAUCAUUACCGAAUCUCAGAGGCCCGAAGGUCUUGAUAAAAUAAGACAAUUAGAAGCUCAUGAGCCUUACAGACGUCCAGAGGUUGAGGAUCAAGUAACCAGACAAAGGCCAGUUUUCACUCAACCAUUGCAAAACAUCGAUGUUAUUCAAGAAGGUCAAAAGGCCCACUUUGAAUGUAGACUUAUUCCAGUUGGAGAUCCAACUCUUAAGGUGGAAUGGUUCAGGAAUGAAAAACCUUUGGAAGACAGUUCACGUAUAACCACACUUCACGAUUUUGGAUACGUGUCUUUGGAUAUUCAACAUGUUAGAGGUGAAGAUGCAGGCAUUUACUUAUGCAGAGCUUCAAACCCACUUGGCGAGGCCGUUACAACUGCUUCUAUGAAAAUAAGAACAGAAGCUAGUAUUCAACUAGAAUCUCAACACCCUGAAGCCCAGCGUAAGAUCGCCCAAUUGGAGCAACCACUAGCUUCAAGACCUGAAGAGCCUGAAAGGAUAUUCGAAAAGCCAAUAUUCACUCAGUUACUUACUGGGCCUACUGAGUUGUGGGAAGGUCAGCACGCCCACUUUGAGGCUCGUGUAGUACCUGUUGGAGAUCCAACUCUUAGAUUUGAAUGGUACGUUAAUGGUGUAGAACUGAAAAUGGGAUCCAGAUUCAAGGUUACUCACGAUUUUGGUUUUGUUACCUUGGAUAUUAUGUCUACAGUGCCAAAUGAUUCAGGCAUCUACAUGUGCAAGGCCAUUAAUAGAUCUGGGGAAGCUGUAUCAUCGAUUUCAAUGAAGGUUAAAUCAAGAUCGAAUAUUAUUGGAGAACCUCUACAGCCUGAAUCUUGGGAACAAAUUCGCCUUAAAGAAGCUGAAAUGAAUAAAGUUCCAGAUAUGUUUGUGGAUACCACACCGCAACAACCUCCAGUAUUUACAACACAUUUGAAGAGCUACGAUAAAUUAGUCGAAGGACAACAUGUAUUCUUAGAAGCUCAAGUAGAGCCUAGGGCCGAUCCAAAUUUGAGAAUUGAAUGGUUCAAAAACGGAGUUUCUUUGGCAACUGGUACAAGACUCAGAAGCACCUUUGAUUUUGGAUUAGUUACACUUUCCAUUAACGGACUGAGAGACGAUGAUUCAGCUAUUUAUACUUGUAAAGCUACCAACAAGCUUGGUGAAGCUAUAUCUACUUGCUCAUUGAGAAUUGAAGAUAGGCAUUGGUUAUUGGGUCAAAGCUUACAUCCCGAUGCCCUUUCUAAAAUUGAAGAACUUGAAAGACCUCAAGAACCGCGUGCUGAGCUACCAGAACAAACUUACGAGCUUCCAAUAUUCAUUUCUCAUCUCAAUAACGUAGAAUGUUUCGAAGGUGACAAUGUACACUUUGAAUGCAAUGUGGAACCUUCUAAAGAUCCAACGAUGAAGAUUGAAUGGUUCGUAAACAACAAACCUCUACCGACUGGAGCUAAAUACAAAUCAACAUACGAUUUUGGAUUUAUUGCCUUAGAUAUUACUCAUUCUUAUGAAGAAGAUUCAGGAGUAUACACUUGCAAAGCUACCAAUAGCAAGGGAUCAGCAACAACAUCUGGAACAUUACGUUGCACUGGCAAAAAGAGUAUUUACUAUGACACUCAACAUCCUCAAGGCAAAGCCGGUUUGGAAGCUAUCGAUGAAGUCGAUCAAGCUUCCGCAGCCAAAUCUAAACAUCCAGGAUUUGGACCUGAAAAAGAAUUCCCUAAACCUGUAUGGACUGUACCAUUGAAUCCCGAAUUUACCAUACUUGAAGCUAAGCCGCUUCAUUUGGAAGCAUCUGUGGAACCAAAAGAAGAUCCCAAUCUUAAAAUUGAAUGGUUCUUCAAUGGUAAAUCUUUGGAUCAUGCUUCAAGAUUUAAACUUACCAGUGAUUUUGGAUUCGUUACUCUCGAUUUGACCGAUGUGUACGAAAGAGAUCAGGGAGUUUAUACCGCUAAGGCUUCAAAUAAGGCUGGAGAAGCUUUUACUUCAACAACAAUUUAUUGUACCACGAAAGCUAGUUUGAUUGAGCGUACUCAACAUCCUAAAGGGCAAGAAGGACUUGAAAAAAUUCAAAAUCUUGAAGAUGCUCUCAACAGGCCUGAAAUGCCUUUUGCUGAAGGCGAAGAAGGUCAUGCUCCAGUAUUUACUUCAGAAUUUACCAAUUUGUCCAAUCUUGGCGAAGGUGAAAUUGCUCAUGUUGAAGCUGGCCUUACACCUAUUGGCGACCAAACCAUGAUAGUCGAAUGGUUCUACAAUGGAAAAACUAUUGAAGCUUCCCACAGAUUUAGAACUGUCCAUGCUUUCGGUAUGGUAAUGCUCGAAAUACUGGGAGUUAAAAUUUUAGAUUCUGGCACCUACACAUGCAAAGCCACGAAUCAAUGGGGAGUGGCAGAGCAAAGCGUAACUAUUGAGUGUGUUGAAAGAAUAUCUGGACAAAAGCCCAAAUUUACCACACACAUAAAAGAUGUAGUUGGGCUUAAAGAUGGCCAAUCAGCUCACUUUGAGUGCACUCUAGUACCAGUUAAUGAUCCUGAUCUGAAAGUUGAAUGGUACCACAAUGGUAGACCGAUUUUACAUUCUACACGUAUUAAAUCAGUUUCAGAUUUUGGAUUUGUUGUUAUGGAUAUUUCUUAUAUCCAAGAUCAAGAUUCUGGAGAAUACGUUUGCAGAGCUCAUAAUAAAUAUGGCGAAGAUUUUACUAGAGCUACAAUCUCUGCUCACGGUAGAGGUGGUGUAUUCACUGAGAGUCUACAACCCGAUUCUCUGGCCAGAAUAAGAGAACUUGAAAGCUUCCAAAACCAACAAGCCCAAGCUCCAUUAUCACCAGUCACUGAAGCACCCAAAUUUAUCACGCAGAUCCAAGACAUGACCAAGCUUGUCGAAGGGCAAAGUGCUCACUUUGAAGCCCGUCUCACGCCAGUUACAGACCCAGAUUUGGUGGUUGAAUGGUACUAUAAUGGAAAGAAAUUACCGCAUGGUCACAGAUAUCGUACCUUCCACGAUUUUGGUAUUGUCAUUUUGGACAUUUUGUAUUGUUAUGAAGAGAAUUCUGGAGUUUACGAGUGUAGAGCUCAUAAUAAAUAUGGUGAAGAUUCUACAAAGGCUACAUUGAAGUGUAUCUCUAAGGCUAAUUUGAUCUUGGACUCGCAACUACCGCGGGGCAUGGAGGGUGGACUAGAAAAAAUUCAAAAUCUAGAAGAUUCUCUGGUCCGUACUAGAGAUGAAAGAGAAGAGAUAACAAAAGGACGCGCCCCUGUAUUCACUGUGCCUUUGUCCAACAUUGACAGUCUUCGUGAGGGUGAAAGUGCCCACUUCGAAGCAAGACUUAUACCUACGGACGAUCCCAAGCUCAAAGUCGAAUGGUUCUGGAAUGGAAAAUCUUUAAGAACGGGUUCGAGGUUCCGUACUUUCUGUGACUUUGGUUUUGUUAUUCUUGAAAUAUCUCCUGUUUAUCCAGAAGAUUCUGGAGAAUACUCUUGCAGAGCUCAUAAUGAAUAUGGAGAAGCUGUUACAACUGCUUCCAUGAAAGUAUCCGGAAAACGAAGUAUUAUUUUAGAAUCACAGCUUCCUAAAGGUAUGGAAGGUACAAUCGAUAAAAUUGCUGAGCUUGAAGGUUUGGGAAUGGCUCCAUCACAAGCAACACCUGAGGAUGACACUGGCAAACCACCAGAAUUUAUCACAACGCCUUCAGAUUUAGUUUUAGGUGAAAACUCUUUAGCUCACUUUGAAUGUAGGCUAACGCCACUUAAUGAUCCUAGUAUGAGAGUGGAAUGGUUCCAUAAUGGCAAAGCUUUAUGGGCUGGUUCUAGAAUCAAAACUAUAAAUGAUUUUGGCUUUGUUAUUCUUGAAGUAGCUGGAAUAUACCAAAGAGAUUCCGGUAUGUACACUUGCAAAGCUACAAAUAAACAUGGAGAAGCUACAGUGAGUUGCACUUUACAAGUGAAAGGCAGACAAGGAAUUAUUCUUGAGCCUCAAUUGCCUUCCAACUUCCGUUCUGGAACAGAGAGUAUUCAACGAUUGGAAGAAGAAUUGUAUAAAAGGGAAGAAAUUCUUGCUGAAGAAGAGCAACCAAAUCCACCAAGAUUUAUUGUUGAAAUCAAAGAUAAUGUUGAUGUGCCUGAAGGCAGUCCAAUUCAUUUUGACUGCAGAGUUGAACCCAAAAAUGAUUCUUCAAUGAGGAUUGAAUGGUUCCAUAAUGGCAAACCAUUCGCCACUGGAUCACGUGUCCAUCAAAUCAACGAUUUCGGAUUUGUUUCCUUGGAUAUCGAUUAUACUUAUACCAGAGAUGCUGGCGAGUACAUUUGCAAAGCUACUAAUAAAUGGGGAUACGCUAUCACUAAGGCUAGAGUCACUUCUAAAUCAAAACGAAGCAUUGAUUUCGAGAGUCAGUUGCCUGCUGGCAUGAGCGCCGAUAAGUUAAAAGAACUAGAAAAGGGACCUGUUUCUGUAGCACCACAAGAAGACAAAACAUUUGGGCCUCCCAAAUUUGUUACUCACAUCCAAUCAGUAACUGUAGAAGAAUCUGAAUCUCUCCGCUUUGAGUGUAGAGUAGAACCAAAAGACGAUCCUAAGUUGAGAGUGGAAUGGUAUAGAAAUGGCAAACUUUUACCUGCAGGCCAUCGUUAUAGGACUGUCUAUGAUAUGGGCUUUGUAUCUUUGGAUAUUUUGAGUGUGUACUCUGAAGAUUCUGGAGAAUACGUUUGCAGGGCAGUUAACGAUCAUGGAGAAGAUUUUACCAAGGCACAUGUCAGCUGCAAAAAACUUCCAAACAUUAUUUUGCAAAAUCAAGUACCAAAAGGCAUGAAGAGAUCUGAAACUUUGAUGCAAAUGGAAGCUGCCAUUAAAAAGUACACUUCAGAAGUAUAUCUGACUGAAGAUGACCUCUAUGACGUAGACAAAAAACAGCCUCCUAGAUUUGUUACACAAAUUCAAAACCAAACUGAGCUUGUCGAAAGGCAAACUUCCAAAUUUGAAUGUCAAUUGGCUCCCGUGGGUGAUCCUAAUAUGAAGGUGGAAUGGUUCUUGAAUGGGAAACCUCUACCACACAAAAACAGAUUUACUCCAAUCUACGACUUUGGUUACGUAGCCAUGAACUUUGGUUGGGUUUACCCAGAGGAUAGCGGCGAAUAUUUAUGCAGGGCUACCAACUUGUACGGCAUGGACGAAACUAGGGCAGUCAUAAAAGUAGCUGGCAAACCUGGAAUCAUCUAUGAUUCUCAACUUCCCAAAGGCAUGAAGAGUAUCGAGAAGAUUAGAGAGCUGGAGGCGGCUUGGCAAGUCGUUCCUGAGGAAGUCGCUGAAGAAUCGAAACCUCGAUCAGCUCCGAUAUUUGUGAGCAAACCUGAACCAGUGACGGUUGAAGAAGGCGAAUGGGCAAGGUUCUGUUGCAGGGUAACUGGACAUCCAAAACCCAGGGUAAUGUGGUUAAUAAAUGGCCACACUGUGGUAAGCGGGUCACGAUACAAACUGACAUAUGACGGUAUGUACCAUAUGGAUAUUCCAAAAACUCGUCAGUACGAUACUGGCAAAGUCGAAGUAAUCGCCAGAAGUUCUAUUGGCGAAGCCAUAGCGGAAACGGAACUUAAAAUCAUACCCAGGCAUGACGACUAUAGAGGCGUGCUGAAGAACUCGCCAAGACCUUGGUAUGACCUAGAACUAUCAGAAUAUCAAAAAGAUCGUCACGAAACCGAAUUAGAAAAAGUAUUUGACGAACGUAAUACUACGAUGCGUGAAUCUGGAAUAAACGUUUCCGGAGCUCAUAUUCAACAGAAAGAUUUCAAAGAACCUGAAACCGAAUGGCAAAAGUCAAUUAAAGAAAAGAAGGGAGAGACAUAUUAUAAUAAACUGCAAGAGCUAGAAAACUCACAAGUGAGCAAGGAAAUCCGACUGAGAGAAUCCUCUCAUCAGUUCGCUAUACCUGGUGAGAAGAUUGUAAGCAGCUCUCUGGCUAAAGGCAUGGCGCAGCAGUAUCAAGAAAACUUGGAACAAGUUCCUGAAAGGCCUCAACUUCAGCCAACACCUAGAGUACAAAAACCAGAAGAACAAAAAAUCGUACACAAAGACCAAGUAUCCCUAAGAAAAACUGAAAAAUCCAAAGAAGAACUUCAAACAGAAUACGAAAUUGAUUCCAAAAAAGGAGCUUAUCCUCCAGGUCCUACCGAAUCUGGAGUACAUGGAAGGGAAGUUUACGUAACCAAACAAAAACAGACCCAGAAAGAGCGUCAAGGAGAUUUGGAAAUUACUCGCAAUAUUACUGCUACGGAAACUACUGACGUAGAGCACAAAGCUAAAACUCAAGAACGCGUUGUGCAAGGACAAGUCCUACCAUCUAAUCCUCCUGUAUUCACCAAAAAAAUCCAACCGUGCAGAGCCUUUGAAAACGAUUCCGCUAGAUUCGAAGUUGAAUUUGAUGGCGAUCCACUUCCAAAAGUCACAUGGUAUAGAGAAGACUUCCCUAUUACCAGCUCUCCAGACUUGAAAAUCUACACCUUCAGCACUAAAUCCAUUUUAGUGUUGAGACAAGUAUUCAUGGAAGAUUCUGGAGUAUUCAGCGUAGUCGCUGAAAACCGUGGCGGUACUGCCAAAUGCAGUGCAAACUUGGUAGUGCAAGAAAGACGUAGACAGGGAAGAAGUGGUGGUGUAAUACCCCCAAGCUUCAACACAACAAUCCAAUCAUCUUCAACAAAAGCUGGUCAGUUAGUGCGAUUUGAUGCUAGAAUCAAUGGCACUAAACCAAUCGAUGUUCAUUGGUUGAAGAAUGGCAAGAAAAUUGUCUCCGACAUACGAUACAAAACUCUAGAAGAAGAUGACUUGUAUACUCUGUUGAUUAUCGAAACUGUUCCAGAAGAUACCGCAAAAUACGAGUGUGUAGCCAUGAAUCAAUCAGGUGAAGCUCGUUGCGAAGCUGAUUUAACAAUCGUAAGUCCAUCAGCACCGCAAAAGCCUACCAAACCAACUACCCCUGGAAGUGAAAAGCCUCCUACCAUAGUGGAACCUUUGAAAGACCAAACCAUUUCCGAAGGACAAGCGGUUGCUUUCAGAUGCAAAAUCACUGGAAAACCUCUUCCGACAGCCAAGUGGCUUAAAGGCGACAAAGUCAUCAAACCGUCCAAAUAUUUCCAGAUGGUCAAAGAAGGAGAAUAUUGCACUUUGAAGAUAUCGGAAGCGUUCCCUGAAGACGAAGGCGUUUAUAAAUGCGUAGCGGAAAAUCCAGCAGGAAAUGUAACUGCUCAAGCGAAACUGAGGGUACUUGCUCCGGAAAGUCAGGAAGUGGCUCCCAGUUUGACGGCGAUGAAAGAUGUCAUUGUAGCAGAAGGUAGUCCGGCCCAGUUCAAAACUACAAUCUCCGGGAAACCCAAACCUACUAUUCAGUGGCUGAGAGAGGGCUUUCUUAUACCGGAAUCACCAGAUUUUCAAAUGAUCCAAGAAGGUAACAAUGCCAUCCUUCUGAUUUCCACCACCUAUGAAGAAGAUUCUGGGGUAUUCGCCUGUCGCGCCACCUCCUCUGCAGGCUCAGUAGAACAAUCUGCCAAACUUAUCGUCAAAAGGCGCCCUGGAACAUUUCGCAAACCAUCCACAUUAGGCGCCCCAUCUCAACAACAAACUCCAACGUUUAUCGACAAACAACAAACACCCAUUCAAGGAGGUGUCGGCAAAAGUACCACUCCAUUUACACCCGGUUCUAAAACCGGUGAAACCAAUGAGUUGCUUUUAGGCGACGAAACCCUUUGGUGGCGCAAGCAGCCUAAACAGGCUCAACCGUGGACAGAAGAACAAAUUGUUUUGAAAAAAUCCAAUAUAGAACGUAAGGAAGUUACCAAACAAAAAUUAGAAGAAGUUCAGCUUAAACCCAGCAAACCACCAAGAUCUCAGACAACUACAGCUACCGAAGACAUCAGCUUAUUAAAAGUUGAUCAACAAAAACAAGAAACAAUUACAAAAGAAUGGAGAAAGUCUGGUCGUAAUUAUAAUCUUCUCAAACAAACAUCCGUAGAAGUAGACAUAGAUACAGUUUUAACCAAAGCUCAACAAGUCGUUAAAAGAUUUUCAGUUCCCCAGCCACAACAAGCUAAAAUAAUCCCUUGGAUUGAGGAAAAAAUAACUCUUAAAACAGCACCCAAAGAUCAAAUAGCCAAAUCUAAAGAAAUUCCUAAGGAAAAACUUGAAGAAGUUAUCCUGAAAACAGUUUCAUUAGAAGCAAUUCAAGCACUAAAAUUAGCUAAGCUUGAACAGCCUAGACAACCAGGUGAGCCUAUUCCUUGGACUGAAGAGGACAUCGAUUUGAGACCCACGCCCCAAGAAAAAAAAGAGAUUCCAAAAGAAACUUUGGAAGAAGUUCAUUUGAAACCGGUUCAACUUCCUGACCAGAAAAGUAAAACUCCUAUAAGACUUGAAGGUGAACCAAUACCCUGGACAGAAGAAGAAAUUAUUUUAAAGCAUUCCUUGGUAGAGAAGAAAGAUAUUCCAAAAGAAACUAUUGAGGAAGUUAACUUAAGACAUGCUACUAAAGUACCCGAGGUCAGGGAUAUUGAUAGAAAACCUGGAGAAGCUAUUCCUUGGAAUGAAGAAGAUAUUUCCUUAAAACCAACUGUAGUACAGAAGAAAGAAAUCCCUAAGGAAAAACUUGAACAGGUGCCUCUCAAGCCUACUCCUGUUAAGGAAAGCAUUGAGGAUGUUACUAGAAAAGAAAAACUGUCUAAAGCCCAAAUUCAGUUCACAGAGGAUACAACUUUAUUAGACCUUAAAGAACACGUCAGUGAAUCUCUGGAAUCUCAAACACAAAUCAAAGCUUGGGAGAGAGGCAAAAAAGAGCAAGCAGUUCUAUCUCAUGUAGAAGACCAAGAAAUAUUAAAUAUUCAAGAAAAAACUACUGAGACAGUGAAACGACAAGAAGAAACUAGGCAAUGGCCUCGAGGAGUAAAGCCACAAGAGCAAGAAGCAGAAAAACCUGUUGCGUGGAAUGAGCAACCAAUAACGUUGAAGAAGACUACAAUUGAAAGAAAGCAAGUAAUCAAAGAGCAACUUGAGCAAGUGGAGCUAAAACCAAAACCUACAGAAACAAAAAAAAUUAUUGAAGAUAAGACUCUGUUGACACUCGAAGAGAGAGAAUCAAGCAAAACACGGAUACAACAACAGAAAACUCAAGAACAGCCUCUGAAUAUUGCCUCUAUUCAACAAACAGAAGAUCAAACUAUAUUGACACUUAAAGAAAAAGUGGACACAAGGAAGGAGGAAACAUUAGAAGCAAAAAGUUGGAAAAGAGGGCCGAAGCCUGAAGAAAGGCCAGAUGAAACUAUUCCAAAGCAACACGUUGAAGAUAAAACUCUGCUGGUCCUAAAAGAAAAAGAAAAAACUUCAGAAACAAAGGCAUGGAAGCGUGGACCAAAACCCCAAGAAAAACCAGCUGAAGUCGCUCCACUGCAACAUGUCGAAGAUAAAACUAUUUUGGACUUGAAAGAGAAAGAGGAUGUCAGAAAGGAAGAAAAACUUGAACCAAAAUCAUGGAGAAGAGGGCCGAAGCAACAAGAAAAGCCAGACGAAGUUGUGCCUUUGCAACACGUCGAAGACACAACCAUUUUGGACUUGAAAGAGAAAGAAGAUGUCAGAAAGGAAGAAAAACAUGAAUCAAAAUCAUGGAAAAGAGGGCCGAAGCAACAAGAAAAGCCAGAACAAAAAGUCCCGCUGCAACACGUCGAAGACACAACUAUUUUGGACCUAAAAGAAAAAGAAGAUGUCAGAAAAGAAGAAAAACUUGAACCAAAACCAUGGCGAAGAGGACAAAAACCCCAAGAAGAAAAGCCACAAGAACCACUCGAAGCCAAAUCCUGGAAACGUGGUCCUAAAGUUAUAACUGAACUACCCGAAAUAAUUCAUGAAAUCACUAGAGUUUCCGAAGGCACCGAAACAAAAUAUAUUACCAAGAAACGUGUUUUGAAAAAACACGAAGCAGGUGUUGAGGAAACUACUUACAUUGUCACUUUAGAAGAAGAAGGCAAGAAGCCGCAAUCUACAGUAACCGUUGAGGAAAAACCAAUAUUUGAUGAAACUCAACCCAUUUAUAUGGUACAAGAAUGGCCCGUUAAAUUCUCAGAAUCAACAGUGAUCGAUCAAGGAGUUCCUAGAAGGAAAUCUGUGAUCAUACGCACUAUACAAACCACCCAAGGAGACAAAAGAGAAGUUACACAAAUUGUUACAGAAAAAAUUGAAGAUAAGCCAGCUACAGUCAAAGUACAAGAAAUGCCUAUUGCCAAAGAACAAGAAUUACCCGAAGCUGAAUUUGUAGUCCAUGAAUUGCCAGUGGAAGUUUUUGAAAGUGUUGUUACUGAAGCAGGAAAACCCACAUGUAAGCAAAUUGUUAAAAAGCGCACCAUCCAGAAGCAUACUGAUGGUAAAAUUGAAACUACUCAGAUUAUAAGUGAGGUCAGACCUGGAGAAGCUCCGAAGUAUUCAGUGGUCGUUGAAGAACAACCAACUGAUGAGCAACCAAUAUUUUCUGUUGAAGAGUUACCAAUUAAAAUGUUCGAAACUACGGGAGUUGAGGAAGGAGUACCUGUGAAAAAGAAAACUCAGAAGAGGACUAUUGAAAAGAAAACUACUGAUAAGAAACAAAUUACUGAAAUAACUACAGUAAAACAAGACGGCAAACCUACUGAAACAACUGUUGAAGUGAAGGAAGAAGAACUUCCUAAGAAAACAAAAUACAUCGAGAAAAAAGAAGAAAACGUUAUUCCAUGGACUGAGCAAGUGAAAUUAAAACCCUCAAAGCCUAAAAAGCCGACACAAACGAGAGAAGAAUUGGAAGAAGUUCAUUUAAAACCUAUUAAAAAAUCCAUCAUAGAAGAAUUACCAGAAAAAAUUGAAGUUUCUACAAUUGUAGAUAAACAUGGAAAAGCUGAAAAAACAGUUACUAAAACGAGAGUCAUCAAAAAACGCAAAGGAAGUAGAGAAGAAACAACACAAAUUGUUACAGUUGAAAAACCAGGACAAGCACCAGAAUCUACAAUUAGUACGGCAGAAAAAAUUGUUCCUGAACAGCAACCGAUAUAUGUAGUCGAAGAACUGCCAGAAGAAGUUUUUGAAAGUACUGUCAUAGUUGAAGGAACUCCUAGAAAAAGAGUUGAAAGGAAACGCGUCAUAAAAACAACUAAGGAUAAUAAAAAAGAAGUUACCAAAAUUAUUACACAAGAAGUGGAAGGUAAGAAGCCUGAAACAUUCGUUACAACUACAGAAGUCAAGGAUACUGAGGAAAUUACUCCUGAAUUUAUUGUACAAGAACUUCCAGUGGAAGUUCACGAGACAACAAUUAUCGAAAAAGGACUUCCGAAGAAACUUACAGAAAAGAAACGUACAAUAAAGCAACGUAGAGACUCAAGAAUUCUUACAACUGAAAUAAUUACCAGAGAAGAAACUGGUAAAGCGCCACAAACUACUGUAAUUAGUUCCGAAGAAGCUGUGGAUGAAAUUGUCAAAGAGCAACCAGUAUUUAUUGAAGAAGCCCCCGAAGAUGUUCAGGAAGUAACUACUGUAGAUGAGGGAGUUAUCAGGAAACAGAUCGUUAGAAAACGAGUAAUUAAGAAGACUAAAGGCGAUAAAGACGAAACAACUGAAAUUUUAGUUAUUGAAGAAGAAGGUAAGAAGCCUGAAACUAGUAUAACAGUUACUGAAGAAACUAAAAAACCAAUUGAACAACCGAUAAAGCAAAUUCCUUGGACUGAACAAGUGCAACUGAAAAGAGCUCCAAAGCAACUUAAGACUGAGCCUGAAAAACCUGAACAAAUUCAACUUAAACCUAUCAAAAAAGAUAAACAACCAGUAGUAGGAAAAUCUUUGGAAAUAGAAGAGCUUCCUGAAGAAAUUCGUCGUUCAAGUAUUAUUGAAGAUGGUAAAACCAAGACACAGGUAACUAGAAAGAGGGUGAUCAAAAAAAGAAAAGGCGACAAGGAAGAAACCACAGAAAUCUUUACUGUAGAAGAAGAAGGGAAGUUGCCCCAAACUUCUGUCGUUAUUGAGGAAGAGAAAAUACCCGAUAAAAUAGAAGAAAUGCCAUUCUAUACCGUAAAAGAACUUCCAGAAAAGCACUUCGAAUCUUCAAUUACAGAUGAAGGAGGUAAAAAGAAGGUAACUCAAACAAAGAGAGUUAUUAAAGCUAAAAAGGCAGGAAAUAAAGAAGAAGUAACUGAAAUUGUAACCACUGAAGUUGAAGGUAAAAUGCCUGAAACGUCAAUAACUGUCCGAGAAAUGCCAAGAAGCACAGAUAGUGAUGUAGAAGAACCAUCGUUCAUUGUAGAAGAACUUCCAGUGGAGAUACAAGAAACUACUAUAAUUGACAGAGGAGUGGCAAAGAAAAGGGUCGAAAAGAAAAGGACUAUUCGUAGAGAAAAAGUUGGAAAACAAGAAGUCACUCAAAUUGUUACUGUAAAAGAAGACGGUAAACCUAGUGAAACAACUGUAUUAGUUCAUGAAGAAGCCCUACCCGUAGAAGAAAAACCCAUAACAGAAGAAUAUCCAGAAGAAGUCCAAGAUGUUGAAGUAUUUGACAAAGGAGUCGUUAAAAAACAGACUUUAAGAAAACGCACUAUAAGAAAACGUAAGGGCAGCAAAGACGAAACAACUGAAAUAGUUACUUUAGAAGAAGUGGGUAAAAAACCUGAAAUUUCGGUUACAGUAACUGAACAAGACCAUCCUUCGACUGAACAAGUGCAACUCAAGCGCACUCCAAAACAAGUUAAAAAAGUUACUGAAGAAGCUCUAGAAACUAUUGAACUUAAGCCUGUUAAAAAGGAUAAACCCAAUAUUGAAGAAUUACCUGAACAAGUUCGAGAAGUUAUUAUUACUGAUAAAGGAAAAACUAAAAAGCAAAUUACUAAAAAACGAACUCUUAAGAAACAGGUAGGAGAUAAAGAAGAAACUACAUAUAUAGUCACAGUUGAAGAAGAAGGUAAAGCUCCACAAAUAACUGUAGAAGUAGAGCAGAAAGAAGUUCCUGAGGCAGUACUUGAACAACCUAUUUAUGUCGUAGAAGAGUUACCAGAGCAAAUAUUCGAAUCUGAGAUUAUAGACGCAGGAAAACGCAAAAAGAAAAUACAGAAAAAACGCGUUAUAAAAUCAACAAAAGGUGACAAACAGGAAAUAACAACAUUAACAACCACAGAAAUUGAAGGUGAAGAACCUACUACAACGGCCACAAGUGUAGAAAAAUUAGUUCAAGAGACUACCAUUCAACCGGAAUAUAUUGUUGAAGAAUUGCCCUUUGAAACCCAAGAAGUAACUGUCAUUGAUCAAGGUGUUCCGAAAAAGAGAAUUCUAAAGAAACGAACUUUGAAAAAGACAAAAGAUGGCAAAGAAAAAAUCACAGAGAUUGUUAGUAUUGAAGAGGAAGGUAGAAAACCAGAAGUCACUGUCAAUGUUCUAGAACAAGUUGUUGAAGAGAUUCCUGAGGAAGCAUCUCUGGAAGAAUUACCUGAAGAAGUUCAUGAGGCUACAAUUGUUGAAAAAGGAAUAAGAACUAAGCAAGUAACUAAGAAACGUACUAUCAAAAAGCAUAAAGAUGGUAAAAAUGAAAUUAUUGAAAUUGUUACUGUUGAAGAAGAAGGAAAGAAGCCUGACACUGCUGUAAUAGUAACUGAAGAAGAAAUAAAGCCCAAGAAAAAGGUUAUUACUGAAAAAGUGGUCGAAAUUCCUUGGACUGAGCAAGUUCAGUUAAAGAGAACUCCUAAAAAGAAGUUACCUGACAAGAAGGAAGUUGAAAAGGUUGUACUUAAACCAGUGAAGAAAGAAGAAACUAUUCAGGAAUUGCCUGAACAAAUCCAAGAGACUGUGGUUAUUAAAAACGGAAUAGCUCAAAAGCAAAUAACGAAAAAGAGAGUUAUUAAAAAGAGACGGGGCAGUAAAGAAGAAACAACAAAAAUUUUGACAGUUCAAGAAGAAGGCAAAGUUCCUGAGACUACCAUUGAGGUAGAAGAAAGAGAAGUUGCUGAAGACCAGCCAAUAUUCAUCGUUGACGAACUGCCUGAGCAGGUAUACGAAACUACUGUUGUAGAGCGUGGUCAGAAGAAAAAGAAACUUCAAAAGAAACGAGUCAUUCAAACCAGAAAAGGAGAUAAACUUGAAAUUACUGAGAUUGUAACUACCGAACAAGAAGGUAAACAACCAGAAACCACAGUGACAACCGAAGAAGUUGAAGCACCAAAAGGAAGUAUUCCAGAAACUACUUACGAGUUGGAAGAGCUACCAGUUCAAAUUCUAGAAACUGUAGUAGUGAAAGAUGGGAUUCUUAGGAAAAAAGUCCAAAAGAAGAGAACAUUAAAGAAAAAGAAAGACGGAAAAGAACAAAUUACUGAAAUUUUAGUUACUGAAGAGGAAGGUAAAAAACCUGAAACUUCAGUUAUUGUUAAGGAAAGAGAAAUCCCAUUUGAAGAGGAAGAUAUCCAACCUACAGUCAUCAUUGGAGCUUCUGAGGUGCAAGACACUACAGUAGUGGAUGAAGGUGUCACUAAAAAGAAAAAAGUAACUAAACGGGUCAUAAGGAAACGCAAAGGUAGUAAAGAUGAAACCACUGAAAUUCUAACAGUCGAAGAAGAAGGCAAAAAACCUGAAACUUCGGUAGUUGUAACAGAAGCAACUGCUCCAGAAGAAAAGCCCAAGAAAAAGAAGAUUAUACCCGAGAAAAAAGAGGAAAUUUCUUGGACUGAACAGGUACAAUUGAAGAAAAUUCCCAAGAAACCAAAACUGGAGAAGGAAGAUGUUGAAAAAGUUGACCUUAAGCAUGUUAUUCAAGAGUUACCUGAAGAGAUUCAAGAAACUACUGUUGUUGACAAAGGAGUGUCUCGAAAGAAAAUUAUUAAAAAGAGAGUUAUUAAAAAGAGACGUGGCAGUAAAGAAGAAACUACCCAAAUUAUGACGGUUGAAGAAGAGGGCAAAGCUCCUCAAACUACUGUAGUUGUGGAUGAAAAAGAAAUAACAGAAGAACAACCAAUAUAUACUGUAGAAGAAAUUCCUGAGCAAGUUUUUGCUACUACUGUUGUAGAAAAAGGGGAAAAGAAGAAAAAAGUACAAAAGAAACGCGUUAUUAAAACAACCAGAGGAGAUAAACAAGAAAUAACUGAAAUUAUCACUACUGAAACAGAAGGAGAACAACCGCAGACAACUGUAACAGUUGAAGAGCUUGAAGCGCCAAGGAAAGAUAAGCCUGAAGAAAUGUUUUAUGAAGUUGAAGAAAUGCCAGUUCAAAUAAAAGAGACAGUUGUAGUUAAAGAUGGAAUUGCUAGAAAGAAGGUUCAAACAAAACGGACAAUUAAGAAAAAGAAAGACGGAAAAGAACAAAUUACUGAAAUCGUAGUCGUUGAUGAAGAAGGAAAGAAACCAGAGACCUCAGUUGUUGUACAUGAGGAAGAAAUUCCUCUUGAAGAUGAAGAAAUAGCUCCCACUGUUGUGAGUGAGCUUCCAGAAGAUGUUACAGAAACUACAAUAAUCGACAAGGGAGUAACCAAAAAGAAAGUAAUUAAAAAACGAGUAAUUAAGAAACGAAAAGGCAGUAAAGAUGAAACAACUGAAAUUGUUACUGUUGAGGAAGAAGGCAAAAAACCUGAAACUUCGGUGGUUGUUACUGAGGCAAUCGUACCAGAGGAUAAGCCUGGCAGAAAGAAAACUAUCCACGAAAAGAAAGAGGAAAUACCUUGGACUGAACAAGUUCAGCUCAAAAGAACUCUCAAAAAACAGAAACCAGAAAUAUUGGAACGUGAAAAGGUAGAACUUAAGCCAGUAGUUAAGGAACAAAUAAUUCAGGAACUACCAGAAGAAAUUCAAGAAACUGUUACUGUUGACAAAGGGGUGACCCAUAAGAAAGUUACCAAAAAGAGAGUUAUUAAAAAAAGACGUGGUAGUAAGGAAGAAACUACAAACAUUUUCACAGUUGAAGAAGAAGGAAAGGCCCCUCAAACAACUGUAGUUGUUGAAGAACAAGACAUAUCACAGGAACAACCUAUAUUCACCGUAGAAGAACUUCCUGAACAAGUUUUUGAAUCUACUUUUAUAGAAAAAGGUCAAAAGAAGAAGCAAGUACAGAAAAAACGCGUCAUUAAAACAAGAAAAGGAGAUAAACAAGAAAUUACUGAAAUUGUCACUAUUGAACAGGAGGGUAAAAAACCAGAAACCACAGUAACUAUUGAAGAAAUUGAUACACCGAAAGAUUAUAUCCCAGAGGAAGUUACUUAUGAAAUAGAAGAAAUGCCGAUUCAAGUGCAGGAAACUGUAGUCAUAGAAGAUGGCAAAGCCAAGAGGCGUGUUCAGAAAAAGAGAACAAUCAAAAAGAAAAAGGACGGGAAGGAACAAAUAACUGAAAUUUUAGUUACUGAAGAAGAAGGUCAAAAGCCAGAAACUUCAGUUGUUAUUCAUGAAGAAGUAAUGCCUUUGGGAGAAGAAGAAAUAACUCCCACAGUUGUAAGUGAACUACCUGAAGAAGUGCAGGAAACUACAGUUGUAGAUAAGGGUUUAGUUAAAAAGAAAGUGGUUAAGAAGCGUGUCAUCAAAAAGAGAAAAGGAAGCAAAGAUGAAACUACUGAAAUUGUAACUGUUGAAGAGGAAGGCAAAAAACCUGAAACUUCUGUAGUUGUAACUGAAAAAAUUGUGGAAGAAGAAAAGACUAUCCAGAAAAAGAAACCGGAGGUAGAGGAAAUAAUUCAGGAGCUACCGGAAGAAAUUCAAGAGACUGUGACAGUUGAUAAAGGUGUAACCAAGAAAAAAGUGAUUAAAAAACGGGUAAUUAAAAAAAGACGUGGUAGUAAAGAAGAAACUACUCAAAUUUUCACAGUUCAAGAAGAAGGAAAAGCUCCCGAAACAACCGUGGUCGUAGACGAAAAAGAAGUGCUUGAAAUACAACCAAUUUACACGGUAGAAGAACUUCCUGAGCAAGUUUUCGAAACUACUGUUGUAGAACAGGGACAAAAGAAAAAGAGAGUACAGAAAAGACGAGUUAUUAAGACACGGAAAGGUGAUAAACAAGAAAUAACUGAAAUUGUGACUACUGAAGAAGAGGGUAAAGCACCGGAAACUACUGUUUUUACCGAAGAAAUUGAAGCUCCAAAAGAAGACAUUCCAGAACAAAUUGGGUAUGAAGUUGAAGAACUUCCUCUUCAAAUUCAACAGAGUGUUGUAAUUGAAGGUGGAAUAUCUAGGAAAAAAAUUCAGAAGAUGAGAACUAUCAAGAAAAAGAAAGAUGGAAAAGAAAAAAUAACUCAAAUUUUGGUUACUGAAGAAGAAGGUAAACAGCCCCAAACAUCAGUGAUUGUUCAUGAAGAAGAAGCUCCAAUUGAAGAAGAAGAGACUGCUCCUGUAGUGAUGAGUGAGCUUCCAGAGGAUAUAAAAGAAACAACAGUUGUGGAUAAGGGAGUUAUUAAGAAAAAAGUUGUUAAAAGGCGUGUCAUUAAAAAGAGAAAAGGAAGCAAAGAUGAAACAACGGAAAUUCUAACAGUUGAAGAGGAAGGCAAGGCACCCGAAACUUCUGUAGUUGUAACUGAGAAACUCGUGCCAGAAGAAAAACCAACCAAAAGAAAGAAGGUUAUUCCUGAAAAGAAAGUGGAAAUACCUUGGACGGAGCAGGUUCAGUUGAAGAGGACUCCUAAAAAACAGAAACCAGAAAUCGAAGAAGUAGAACCAGUAGCCCUUAAACCAAUUUCCAAAGAUGAAAUUAUUCAGGAACUACCUGAGGAAAUUCAGGAAACUGUAGUGUUUGACAAGGGUGGAGCGCACAAGAAAGUAACUAAAAAGAGGGUUAUUAAAAAAAGGCGUGGCAGUAAGGAGCAAACUACAGAGAUUUUAACGGUACAGGAAGAAGGCAAAGCUCCGCAAACUACUGUUGUCGUGGAAGAAGAAGAAAUUCCAGAGGAACACCCAAUAUUUACCGUGGAGGAACUUCCUGAGCAAGUAUUUGAAACGACUGUUUUAGAAAAAGGACAAAAGAAAAAGAAGGUGCAGAGAAAACGUGUGAUUAAAACAACAAAAGGCGACAAACAAGAGAUAACGGAAAUUAUCACUACCGAAAAAGAGGGAGAAAUGCCAAAAACAACUGUAACUGUUGAGGAAAUUCAGGCGCCAAAGGAAGACAUGUUAAAAGAAGUAACCUUCAAAGUCGAAGAAUUGCCUGUUCAUAUACAAGAGAGCAUCGUAGUGGAGCAUGGAGUAGCUAAAAAGCGCGUGCAAAAGAAGAGAACAAUCAAACAGAAGAAGGACGGCAAAGAGCAAAUAACUGAAAUUUUUGUCACAGAAGAAGAGGGCAAGAGCCCGGAAUCUUCAGUUGUAGUUUAUGAGAAAGAAACUCCCCGUGAAGAAGAAGAAUCCACUCUUCCUGUGUUGACAGAACUUCCAGAAGAUAUUCAAGAAACAACAGUAGUGGAUAAGGGCGUUACCAAAAAGAAAAUAAUUAAAAAGCGGGUGAUUAAAAAGAGAAAAGGAAGCAAAGAUGAAAUAACCGAAAUAGUAACUGUGGAAGAAGAAGGCAAGAAGCCUGAAACAUCAAUCACGGUUACCGAAGAAGAACAAAAACCAGAAAAAGUUCUUCCUUGGACUGAGCAAGUGAAGCUAAAAUCAACCAAAAAAGUCAAGAAACAAAUUACCAAAGAUAAAACUGAAGAAGUUCAACUACAGCCAGUUAAACCUAGUACAGAGCAACCUGAAGAAAGCGUAGUUCAAAUUGAAGAACUACCAUUAGAAAUUCACGAAGCUACUAUGAUUGAAGAUGGAAUAAUCAAGAAAACCAAGACUAAGAAACGGGUAAUUAAAAAACGUAGAGGAAGUAGGGAAGAAACCACAGAAAUCGUUACUGUAGAAAAAGAGGGCAUGGCUCCUCAAACAACUGUUGUUGUAGAAGAGCAAAAUGUUCCAAUGAUUACUCCUAUUUACACUGUAGAAGAAUUACCAGAACAAGUAUAUGAAACAACAAUAAUAGAAAAAGGAAAACCUAAGAAAAAACUAGUUAAAAAACGUACAAUUAAAACUAGAACAGGUGAUAAACAAGAAGUUUCAGAAAUUGUAACAACACAAAAAGGUACAGACGAACCUCAAACUGAAAUAAUGACAUAUGAAGAACCAGCUUCUCUCGAACAACCAGAAUUUGUUGUUGAAGAGUUGCCAUUGCAAAUACAGGAAACUAUAGUGGUAGAAGGAGGGGUUUCGAAGAGAAAGAUUACAAAGAAACGAACCAUUAAAAAGAAAAAAGACGAUGGAAGGGAAUUGAUAACAGAAAUAGUAACUGUAGAUGAAGAAGGUAGAAAACCGGAAACAACAGUUGUUGUUCAUGAAGAGGACACCAGAGAAGAAGAUACUGAAAAACCUAUAAUUGAGGAGUUACCAGAGGAAAUAGUUGAAUCCACUGUAGAAGAACAAGGAAUUAUCAAAAAGAAAACACGAACGAAGAGGAUUAUCAAGAAAAGGCAAGGCAGUAAAGAUGAAACUACAGAAAUUAUUGUAGUUGAAGAAGAAGGCAAAAAACCUCAAACAAGCGUUGUAGUUACUGAGGAAGUCGUAACCAAAAAGAAGAAACCCAAAAAGACUAAGAAACCAGAAGAAACUUUAAUAACUCCAGAAGGGUAUCUUUUCGUUCCUCUUAUAGAAGAACAAAAGAAAGUCGUACCAAAAGAUGUUAUGGAUCUACUUGAAAUGGAACUAAUAAAAAUGCGCUUGAAGAAAGAACUUCCUGAACACGUUGUACCAGACGACGUUCCUAAAUUUGUAAUGAAAGAGUUACCUGAGGAAAUUCAUGAAACAACUACUAUUGAAGAUGGUAUACCCAAAAGUGUGGUAUCAAAGAAAAGGGUAAUCAAAAAGCGUAGGGGUAGUAAAGAGGAAACUACUAAUAUAGUCACAAUUAAAGAACAAGGCAAGGCCCCACAAACAACUGUCACUGUUCAAGAAGAAAAUUUUGUUGAAAAACAACCUAUUUAUACAGUGGAAGAGCUUCCAGAGCAAGUAUUUGAGACUACUGUUUUAGAAGACGGCAUAAGGAAAAAGAGAGUACAAAAGAAACGCGUAAUUAAGACCAGGAAAGGAGAUAAACAGGAAAUCACUCAGAUUGUUACGACAGAAGAAGAAGGAAAAGCACCUGUUACUGCUAUAGAAGUGCAUGAAAUAGAAGCUCCCAAAGAUGAAAAAAUUCAGCCUGAAUAUACUGUAGAAGAACUACCAGUUGAAAUUCAGGAAACUGUCAUUGUAGAAGAUGGAGUUCCUAGGAAAAAAGUACAAAAAAAACGUACCAUCAAAAAGAAAAAGGGCGAUAAAGAAGAAACCACCCAAAUUAUUACAGUAGAUGAAGAAGGUAAAUUACCUGAAGUAUUUAUUACUGUAGAAGAUACACCACUUGUUGCGGAUGAAGUGGAAACGGUAGAUGAAUUGCCAUUGGACGUACAAGAAGUUAUUGUUAUGGAAGAUCAAAAACCAAAGAAAAAGAUAGUUAAAAAACGGGUAAUUCAAAAGAGGCGUGGCAGUAAAUCAGAACAAACUGAAAUUGUAACUGUUGAAGAAGAAGGUAAAAAACCUCAAACAAGCGUUGUAGUUACUGAAGAAGUCAUGACCAAGAAGAAGAAAAUCAAAAAGCCAAAGAUACCAGAAGAAACAUUGAUAACUCCAGAAGGAUAUCUUUUCGUUCCUCUGAUAGAAGAACAAAAGGAGGUCGAACCAGAAGAAAUCAUGGAUCUACUUGAAAUGGAACUGAUAAAAAUGCGCUUGAAGAAAGAGCUCCCUGAACACGUUGUACCAGAAGAAGUUCCUAAAUUUGUAAUGAAAGAGUUACCUGAGGAAAUUUAUGAAACCACUACUAUUGAAGAUGGUAUACCCAAAACUGUAGUGUCAAAGAAAAGGGUAAUCAAAAAGCGUAGGGGUAGUAAAGAGGAAACUACCCAUAUAGUCACAAUUGAAGAAGAAGGCAAGGCCCCACAAACAACUGUCACAGUUCAAGAAGAAGAUUUUGUUGAAAAACAACCUAUUUAUACUGUGGAGGAGCUUCCAGAGCAAGUUUUUGAGACUACUGUUUUAGUUGACGGCAUAAGGAAGAAGAAAGUACAAAAGAAACGCGUAAUUAAAACUAGGAAAGGAGAUAAACAGGAAAUCACUCAGAUAGUCACUACAGAAGAAGAAGGCAAAGUACCUGUCACUUCUAUAGAACUGCAAGAAAUUGAAGCACCUGAAGACGAAAAAAUUCAGCCUGAAUAUACAGUGGAAGAGUUACCUGUUGAAAUUCAAGAAACUGUUAUCGUAGAAGAUGGAGUUCAAAGGAAAAAAGUACAAAAGAAACGUACCAUCAAAAAGAAAAAGGGCGAUAGAGAAGAAACCACCCAAAUUAUUACAGUAGAUGAAGAAGGUAAAUUGCCUGAAGUAUUUAUUACUGUGGAAGAUACACCACUUGUUGCGGAUGAAGUGGAAACGGUAGAUGAAUUGCCAUUGGACGUACAAGAAGUUAUUGUUAUGGAAGACAAAAAACCAAAGAAAAAGAUCAUUAAAAAGCGAAUUAUCCAAAAGAGACGUGGUAGUAAAUCAGAGCAAACUGAAAUUGUAACAGUUGAAGAAGAAGGUAAAAAACCUGAAACUACUGUAACUGUUGAGGAUAUAACUGAAACGUCUAAAAAGAGAAAGGUCAAACCUAAGAAGGUUGAAGAACUUCCAUGGACAGAACAAGUAAAGUUAAAACCUACGAAAAAACCACUAAAAGAUAUCGAGAAAUCCAAAUUAGAAGAAGUUGAACUCAAACCAUUCGAAGUUCCAAAACAAGAAGAGCCCAUCUAUAAAGUAGAGGAACUUCCUAUAGAAAUUAAAGAAACUACAGUUAUUGAUGAAAAGGGUGUCGCAAAGACAAAGGUAGUUAAGAAGAGAGUUAUUAAAAAACAAAAGGGCGAUAAACAAGAAAGAACUGAAAUUGUUACUGUUGAGGAAGAAGGGAAAUCUCCUGAAAGCGCAGUUAUUACUGAAUUAUUAGAGGCUCCUGAAACAAUUUAUACUGUAGAAGAACUUCCAGAACAAGUUGAAGAAACUAGUGUUAUAGAGCACGGUGUUCCAAAGAAAAAGAUUACUAAAACGCGUAGAAUUGUUAAGAAGGAUGGCGACAAACGGGAAACUACUCAGAUAGUUACAACAGAAAAAGAAGGAGAACAACCUGAAACACACGUUAUCGUAGAAGAGAGUCAAGAUUUCCCCGAACAAAUGCCAGAGCAGCCGCAAUACAUUGUAGAGGAAUUACCAGUAGAAAUACAAGAAACAAUUGUCAUGGAACAAGGAAAGCCAAAGAAAACCGUUGUUAAAAAGAGGAAGAUUAGAAAACAAAAGGGAGACCAACAAGAAACUACUCAAAUUGUUACUGUAGAAGAAGAAGGUAAGCAACCUGAAACUACGGUGACUAUUAUUGAAGAGGAUAUACCGACGGAAACAGUCAUUGAAGAGUUGCCAGAGGAAGUUGUACAAACUACAGUUAUUGAAGAAGGCAAACCUAAAAAGAAAAUAGUCAAAAAGAGAAAAAUUAAAAAGAAGGAAGGCGAUCAAGAAGAAACUACCGAAAUAGUAACUAUAGAAGAAGAGGGCAAACAACCAGAAGUAACAGUCUCCGUGAUUGUUGAAACUAUAACUGAAGUAGAAGAUACAAUAGUCCUUAAAGUAGAUGAUGAUAAGAAACCUAAAAAAAUGAAAGCCAGAAAGGUAAUUUUCCAAUCUCAGCCCUCAAUUCCUGAGCAAGUCAAGCUCAAGCCAUUCCAAAGAGUAGAUAAACCUGAAAUACCUGAGGAUGAAAAGUUUGCUUUACCGGAAUUAGUAAAACUAAAACCCGUAGUUAAAACUGAAAAACCAGAAGAAGUUGAAGAAAUAGAAACUGUCAAACUAAGGCCAGUGGAUCAGCCUGAAUUAAUGGAAGCCACCAUUAUAGAAAAGAAGAAAAAACCCAAAAAAAUAAAAAGACAAGAGAUCGACUUACCUGAAAUUCCUGAUGCUGAAAAAUAUAUUCCUGAGGUAGCUGAAAAAAUUGAAGUUGAAGAAAAACCUAAGGAAAAAGAAGAAGCUCCUGCAGCUCCUUGGAGGCGACAACCUAAACCUAAAGUUGAACAACCUGCAGAAGAAAUUCCCGCAUUAAAAAUAGGCAAAGGUAAGAUUCCCAAAGAAGAAGAUAUAAAAGAGCAAGUUAAACUAAAACCAGUUAAAAGAGACAAGGAAGAGAAAGUUGACAUUCCUGAAAAAUCCAAACCAAUCAAAAUACCGGAAAGCGAUUCAAAACCGAGAGAAUAUGAACAUGAAGAUUUUACUCCUACUCUAAAGAAACUAAAAGAAAAAACAAAACCAGAAGAAGUUACUGUAAUUGAACUCCACCCUACUGAAGUUACUGAGGAAGAGCAUGCACCUGAUACAACCACCCCUUGGAGAAGAACUCCUAAGAAAAAAAUUGAAGAACAACCCGAAGUUAAAGAUUGGCCCCGUGGUAAAAGAAAGCCUCUGCCAGAGGAAGAAAAAGAAGAUAUCAAACUCAAACCAAUCAGCAAGGAAGCACCUGAAGAACCUGAAUAUAAAGUCAUUAUUGAGGAUGUUAAAAAAGAAAAAGCUUAUCAAAUUCCUGAUGAUGUUUAUGAUGAUAAAUUAAGUAUUAAACCUCAGGAAAAAGAAGAUGAAGAGCAACCAGAUAAAAUUAAAAAGAAGAAGAAAAUAAGGCGUCCUAAAGAAGAAGAGAGGCCAGAAUUAGUUACAACUAAAUUGGAAGAUGUUGAAGAAAUCCCUUCAGUUCCUGAAAUAUCUGAAAGUGAAAUUGUUUUCAAACCAAUAAAGGAACACCAAAAACCUGAGAUCUUGGAAGAAGAAAAGCCAGAAAUAGAAGAAAGCGAGGAAUUCAAAAAAGAUAUAGAUAUGCAAGUUAUUUCGAAAAAAGUUAAAGUUCAAAAGAAACGUACUGUUAAGUUUGACGACAGUCAACCGUUACCGGAAUUGGAAAUUAUUUCUCAGAAACGUACUACAGAAGUCACUGAUAAAGUUCCAGAAGAAACCCUUACGGAACAAACAGGUUUGCAUGAAGAAACUACGAUACAAACGUCUUUAGUUCAAAAGACUAUUGGUAGACGCAUUAAGACUAAAACCGUAGCGCCCAGAUUUAUUAAACGCGUUGAGCCUGUAGCCGCCGAAGAGGGUAAACCUACACAAUUAGUGUGCAAAGUGGAGGGUACUCCAUUCCCUGAAAUUACUUGGUACAAAAACGAGGCUGUAUUACAUGCCAAUGAAAGAGUUUUCAUUAAUAUUGUUGAGAAUGUGGUAACGUUGGAGUUUUCGACAGUGGAACCUCAGGAUGUCGCUGUUUAUUCCUGUAAAGCUACAAAUCCUGGUGGCGUGGCUACAUCGACGGCUAAUUUGGUUAUUUUAGAAAAAGAAGAAUCUGGUAUUGCACCUCGAUUCACCCAACCACUCAAACCUAAGAUCGUCGAGGAAACUUCAAAAGCCACUUUACAGGCCACUGUUAUUGGUCAACCGACUCCACUAGUCAAAUGGUUUAAAGAAGAUGAAGAACUCAAACCCCAGCCAGGCAGACUUAUUUCUUAUGACAUCAAAACGGGCGAAACUGUUUUAGAAAUUUUAGAGCCUACUCCUGACGAUGAAAAAAUUUACAAAGUCGUGGCUGAAAAUAAGUUUGGUACUGCUGUUUGCCGUGCAAAUUUGAUUGUUUUCAAACCUGUAGACGUUCAACAACCUGUAGUAAUGCAGGCUCCAAAAAUAAUCAGACCUAUUAAAGCCGUAGUAGCUAAAUCCGAUGAAGAAGUAGUCCUCGAUGCUAUUAUCGAAGGGGUACCUAAACCUGAAAUUAAAUGGUUCAGGAAUGGAAAAGAAAUUAGGCCCGAUGAUAAAUAUGAAAUUAUUGAAGAGGAAACGGUUACUAAGCUAAAAAUUAAAAAGAAGGUUGCCAAAAAGCAAAAGGCUGGUAAAUAUGAAGUACGUGCUACUAAUCCUAGAGGCACUGCUAAGUCAGCAAGUACUGUAGCUAUCCAAGACGUAACAAGUGAGGCACAACCUCCAAGAUGGAUAAAACCUAUCAAGCCACAAAUAGUAGAAGAAGGUGAAGUUGUAAUUAUGGAGGCUAUUGUGGAAGCAUACCCUACAGCUACAUUCCAAUGGUUCAUUGAAGACCUUCCAGUAAUUUCCAGCCCCGAUGUUCGUAUAGUAACAGACGACAAUAAAUCUACCCUUCUGAUUCAGGAUGUAACUCCAGAAUUUGCUGGUUUCAUAACUUGCAGAGCUGAAAACGUAGCUGGCUCCGUUACCCACACAGCCAACAUAAUUGUUGUAAAAGAAAUGCCUCUGGAAGAAACUGAAGAACUAAUUUAUCCUAGGUUUGUAAAGCCUAUUACUCCAGUGAGCGUAAUGGAUGGAGAAAAAGUAACAUUUAGUUGUGUUGUGGUUGGUAAGCCUACACCAAAAGUGCAGUGGUUCCUUAAUGAGCAACCAGUAAAGGAAGCUCAGGACGUUGUUAUAGCUCAGGAUACAGAAGGAGUUUGUAGCUUGGCUAUAUUUGAAGCCUUCCCUGAAAAUGCUGGCGAGUAUACUUGUAGGGCUGUGAACAAGAUUGGUGAAGCUGUCUGCAAAACCUCAUUGGUGGUUGAAGCCUACGAAUACAUUCCAGAUUCUGAAUUAGGUCAUUUGACCGGAUCUGAAGAAGAUUUAUUGGAAGACAGGACGAUCAGUGAAGGACCAAUAACUUCAGACGAAGAAGAUUAUGCCCCUAGAAUUGUUAAAAAAUUGCCAGAGGUGGUCCAGACGAAAGAUGGUCAAGUUACCAGACUGGAAGUUAAAGUGAAAGGUAAACCCAAGCCAGAAGGGAAAUGGCAUAAACAGGGCCAGGAAAUCAUCCCUUCAAGCGAAUUUAUUAUAGAAACAUUUGAAGAUGGUACGUCGGUUCUUACUCUACCGGAAACUUAUCCCGAUGACGUAGGUGAAAUCGUCUACGAGGCACACAAUCCGCUGGGCGUUGCAACGACAGUUACACAUUUACUUGUGGAAACCGUAGAAGGAGUGAUAGGAACAAAACUCUAUCGUAAACCCGAAUGGGUGACACACAUGGAAGAACUUUCAGCCGCUCUAAAAGCUGUCCAAUCAGCACCAACCUUUGCCAAAGAAAUCACAGAUGUCAGAACUACUGAAGCUGAAACUAUUGUAUUUGACUGCAUCUUUACUGGAACGCCAACCCCAGAUAUUAUCUGGUAUCACAAUGACAAAAUAAUACGCAACACCGAAAACGUCAAGAUCCGCAUCGAAGGCAACAAAACUUCAUGUACCAUUACCGAAGUAUCCAAAGACCAUGUUGGUACUUAUGUUUGUAAAGCGAUAAGUGAAGUUGGUGAAGUUGUAACCAAAGGUCGCUUAUUCGUACAAGAAAUUUCCGAAGAGGCUAAAAAAGUUAUUCUUAUCAAGAGAGCUAAAGAACAAGAAGAGAAGAUCAAGAAAGAACGAGUCACUAUUGAAAAGAAACGUGAAGUGAGGAAGAAGCAGCGAGCUUCAAUAACCACUGAAGAAGAAAUCAAACCUCUAGGAGUCACUGAAAUUCAGCCUAGUGAAGCCACUGAAGAAAUUCCCGAAAAAGCUAUUCCUGAAAAGGGAAAAGCUAAGCCUAUUCUGGAUAUUCAAGAACCUGUGAAAACCGAAGCUGUGGCUUCAUGUAAAAAGAUUGAUGAAAAAGAAACUGAAAGUCCUAUGCAGAGAGUAACUGAGAAGUUAUCUCCAGUGGAACCUUUGCGUAUCGAUGAAGUACUUGCAGAAGAGAUUAUCAAAGACAUUGAAAAAAUGUUGCCACAAACUGACAGGGCUAAGCCUAGCAUUCAGGAAGGCCCUCAAGAAACCGUUAGCGUUACAGAGGUAAAGCUCGAACAAAUCAUUGAAAGAUGUGAGAAAAUCAUUAGAAAGAGUGAAGUCAAAAUGGCAAAAGAAGUAACAGAAAUGUUGAAGCUCAUCAAGGCCGAACAAUUUGAAACAGGACAAGCACCAUUAAGAGAAAUAGCUGAAAUUGCCUACCUUCUCAAAAAUGGUAUAACAGUAAAAGAAGUUACAAUCCUCUAUGACGACAAUAAAUUCCCAUCGUUAAAAUCUCCAGAAGCUCAGUCAGCUAUGGUAAAUGUAGUUGAACGGAAAGGACUCGGAGCCCUAAUUUCUGAAGUUUUAACUGAAGAAACUACGAUUGACGAAAGCCAAUUGGUAGCUACAGUCGGAUUCAGAGCUUUGAUGAAGAUGGUCGAAUCGAAUUAUGUAACUAUUGAAGAAAUUCUUACUAACUUCAUGCCGGAGGACUUUAUGCAGAGAGUUUGGGAAGCUACCGAAGUUACAGAGAUAUCAACUAAAGAAAUAAUUACCGAAAAGGUGACAAUCGAACAGCAAGUUGAAGUUCACGAGGAUACCACCAAAAUCGUCAAGAAAAAAUCUAAAAAGAAGGGAGAAAAAGAUGAAUCUCUCGAAAUCGAAGAAAUCGUUGAACGUACUACUAGAGGUGACAAAGCAACACAUCCCAAAAGACACUCCGUUGAAAUAACCGAGAUCACUGACUUACCUGAAGACCGUACAAAGACUGACACAGAAACCGUAGAAGAAAUUACCAAACGAAAAAUAAUUAAGAAAAUAUCAAAAACAAAAAAACCAAAUAUUGAAGAAUAUUCGAUAGACGAAGAAAAUCUAGAUGUUUUGGGUCCUUUUGAUUCACAACCUCAAUCUGAAAUACCACUUAAUACGUCCAAUGUUGUUUCGGAAGCAAUUUCUACAGGGGAGGUAGCUAGUAUUGACCAAGACGUCAAUAGAGCUAAAGCUACAAUUAACCUUCUUCCUUUGACACCCAUAUCUCAAGAGCAACCUUUAACGCAAGAGUCAGAAGACUACAAAAAAGACUUAGCUCCUUUAAAAGCCACCGCUUCUACAACAAUUGAUCAAUUAGAGGCCUUAGAAAUUUCUGAAGCUGAUUCACAUAGUUUGCCCGGUGAAUUCGAUUCUACUUUCCAACCAACAACUUAUACUGCUAAGAAAGAUAUUGUGCCUACUGAAAGCUUAGUCAUAGAAGAAAUCAAUUUAGGUGACACUCCAACAUCAUUAGAUAUAGAAGAACAUCUAGAAACUAAAGCAGCGAUUGAGCUAAUUCCACAAAAAGCAUUCAAUACUGAACAAAUUGAAACUCAGCAAAAAGAAGAAGAAUUGAAGCCUUUACGGUAUGAAUCAAAAAUACCUUUGGAAACACAUAUUCCACGUGAAAAUGCUGAAAUAUUUUCAACUAGUCAAACAGUAACUAUGGAUAGCUCAAUUCAAGAAGCUACAGCUGAAUUAAGCAUAUUACCACAUAACGCAUUGAUUCAAGAAGAAUCUAAGCUAGUAGAAAAAGAAUCAGAAUAUAAAGAAACUUCUACAAUAUUCUCAAAAGCUUCUACAACAAUUGAUGCUGUAGAAGCUUUUCAAACUACAGAACAAAAUAUUGAAAAUCAAAUUGGUGAUUACGAUUCUACAUUUAAACCAUCAACAUUUACCGCUGAGCAAAGUCUAACAACCACAGAAAGUAUUACUGUACAAGAAAUUAAUCUCGGAGACUUAUCAACUGAUUUUGUUGCUGAACAGAAUCUACAAGGUCAAGCAAUUAUAACAUUAUCCCCACAAGAAGCUAAAAGCAUAACAGAAGUUGAAGCUAUAGACAGAGAAAUCAAUUUAGAUGAAUUCACUACCCCAAAACAAGCCGAAGCUACAAAAUCUUAUGUACCUCAUGAAGGAGUUUUAGUUGAAGAAGUUCAACAAGCAAUGUCUGAAGAUAAAAUGGAUAUUAUUAAGCCCGUAGGUGUUAAACCUAAAAUAAACAUUGACGCCCAAGAAGGCGUUAUCAUUGAGGAAGUCCAAACUGGUGAUAAACCCGGUAAAUAUCUGCCUCAAGCCUUUGUAGCUACUGAAGUAGCCACUAAAAAUGUAGUGACACAAAAAUCUGUUGUACAAUCUGAAGUUCAAGCUCCAGAAAUUGAAGGUGCCUUUGUCGCUGGUAAAUUACCUGCAUCGCAAUUAGCCAAUCUAGCCGUAAACACCGAAGAAGGACUUGUUGUUUCUGAAAUCCAAACUGAAGAUAAAGAAAAUGUUUUUGCGAAAGCGUUAAGUCCUGAACGUGGCACAGCCAAAGAAGACUUUUCAGUUUUUGAAGGUGUUGUGGUCAGCACUAUAGACAGUCAAGCUCCUCAGCACGAUAUGAAACCUGAGGAUAUUCAAAAAUAUGAAGCUACAUUGGAAAUAUUACCUAAGGAGUCCAUUCAAGCUGAAACUACUUUAGUAACUGAAUCAGAGAACAUUUAUGAGCAAGUUGAAGCUGAUACAAAAACAGCAACUAAACAUUUUAAUUUAAUUGAAGUUAGUGGACAAUCAUUUGUAACUGCACAAGAAUCUGAAGUUGAUUUAGCUCUAGAUGAAAAACAAACUAAGGUUCUUGCAACAUCUACUGUUUUACCUCAAGAACCUCUAGUAGUUGAGGAAGUUAAUACUGGAGACACCCCCAAUAAAUUCACUGAUGAACUAAAGUACAAAACCGACAUUGCGACAUCCCAAAUUGAAUUGUUAGAAGCUAAAACUAUUAGUGAAGCUACAAUUAGAGAAUCUGAAGUAAAUUUACAAACUACUAAACCAGAAGAAUGUAAUAUUGAUGCUACUUUAACAAAAACUCAAGAACAUAUAACUGCUAGUGAAGAUCAACUUAUGGAAAGUGAAAAAGCUUUGAAAGAAUUUGAAAUUCCUGAAUCAUACAAGAGCAAAAUUACUUCCGCACAUAUGCUGCCUACAAGUGUAAGUGAAAUAGUUACAACUGAAGAUAGCUCAGAUCAAUUUAAGGAAGAAAAAACUGAAAAAGGUACAGCUAGCUUGAGUCAGCAAGCAUUUACUGAAACCGUUAUAUCCGAAGCUAUUGCAAAUGAAGGAUUGGUUGAUGUGGAAACUCAAAAACCUGAAGAAAAACUAGCAGCUAUAGAAUUACUAGUUCAAGAAGCUUUAAAAGUCCACGAAGUAUUUAGCGAUGAUAAAGAGAACCAACUUAAGCCAACAGAAACUAAAAGUGAACAAGCGGGUAUAGGUUUUGACACAACUCAUGUAGCUACCCAAUUAGAAGUACAACCAAAUAUUGCUACAGAUAAUUUAACUACAAUCAAACCCAUUGGGCAACAAGCCACGGAAGAUCAAGAAGCAAUUCAUCCUGUUUAUGUUUUAGAACACGAAACUGCUGAAAAGGAACUGGAACAUAUCGAAGAAAGAGCCGAAACCAAAAUGGCAGCUGUAGAUUUGACUGAAGGACUUACCGGACCAAAUGUUUCUCAAGUUACAAUAAACGAGAAAGAAAAUGAAUAUUCGCCUGAUGUUAUGCCUUUAGAAGGUUUUGCCCAGCCAACUUUAACUACUCAAGAAGUAGUUGUUAAGAGCGAAGUGGAAACUGUAGUGCAUGCUGACGAAAUUAUCACUGAAGAACAAAUGACCGGCAAAGCAAAAAAAUAUACCAAACCUUAUACAGAAUUAAUUGUAACUGAAACGAAUGUAGUUGACGUGGAGAAAAAUUUAUCGAAAGAUAUUCAUCCAGAUUCUAAGCGGGCAAAUGUAGACAUUUUGCCUGAUGAGGCAGUGUCGAUAACUGAAGUUGUAUCUAGCCAAAAUGAAACAAAAUUGAGGGUUCCAGAAUUAGACACAUCUAAAGCAAAUAUUGAAAUUGACGAGCAAUAUGUAGCAAUUAAACAAGAAAUAUUAGCUGAUAAUCGCACAGGAGAGUACCAAAGAAUAUCUCCAGAAAAACAACUGGCUAGUUCAAAACAAGAUAUGUCCCAUUCGAUAGUACAAACUGAAAUAGCUCCGGGUGAAAUUGAAGGUCAAAAACCUGAAGAUAUUAAACCAGACUACAAACAGGCUGAUGUAACUGUCACUGAAGCUACUAUGGUAAAUGUUCAGCAAGUUUUACCUAACGAAAAAGAGGGUGAUUUUGAUACAUUAGCUUCACCUGAAAGUGUUCGAGGAGAACCAACAAUAUCCUCUCAUACAAUAGCUUCAAAAGAACAGGUACAUGUAAGUGAUUCAGUGAAGAAAAUUGAAGAAGAAGAACGUAGAACUGAAGUAGCCAAACCUCAAAUAUCUCCUUUAGAUAGCGUAAUUACUACUGAAGCUGUUAUAACUGAACAGGAGUCAAAUAUUGUAGAAGAUUCAAAAGAAACUAGAACAGCUACUUCAGAUUUUGAAGAAGCUACUGCAAUAUCAGUAACUAGUGUAACCGCGGCGAUAAAAGAAAAAGAUUUUCUUAAAGAAGACUUCGAUGUUAGUCAAGCAGAAAGAACAAUACUACCUCAAGAAUCUAUUCAGGUGGAAAAAGUAUCACCUCAAGAAACAUCUAGUGACCUUGACAAAGUCACUCCUGUAAGCUAUACAGCUUCAGCAACAGCUUCUGAAUUACAAUCAUUAACAAGCACUGAAUUAAUAUUAGGAGAGAAAGAAGCUGAUUUAGCUAAAGUAACAAAACCUAUGCAGCAAAAUGCUGGAGUGGAUUAUGAAGGAAUUACUGCAGCUGAAACUAGUGAAACUAUAUCCUCUGAAAAGGAAGGUAAAUAUGAAACUAGUGACGUUGAAACUAAAUUGGCUAUAUCCACGUUUGAUGUACAACCUGUAGCUGAAAUAAGCGAAGUUACCACACAAGAUACAGUAAAAUCUGUUGAGGAUAUAAAGCCGAUAACUGGAAAUGCCAACGUAGAACAGCUUAUGCUUGAAAGCAUUGUACAAAGUGAAACCAUUCCUCAUGAUAAUGAAAAAUAUUUCGAAAAAGCUCCACUGGAUACAGUAGUAGCUGAAAUAGAAUAUACUUCUCAACAAGGCAUAUCAGUUACUGAAAUAAGCAUUGCCGAGGCUGAAAAGGAUUUACACGCCAAAGAAAAACCCUUAGAAAUAAUGGCUAAAGUUGAUUUGCAUGCACAUGAAAUUCCUAUAAGAACUCAAGUAGAUUUAAAUGAAAAUCUUGGAAAUCUUGCAGUCACUGAAACGAUUUCUUCUCAAGCCGUUCCCGAAAUUUCAGCAAUGUAUACGGCACUUCAAACUGAAAUGCUUAUAGCUGAAAAUGAAGAUAAGAGGCCUGACAUUGUUAAACCUGACGAACAACAAGUUACUGUAACGAUGGAUGUAGAUCAGAGUAUUACCGUAGAGUCAGUGACAGUUGAAGAUAGAGAAACAGAGUUAAGUACUCUGCAACCAAUCACUAAAGAAGCUACUCCCAGUCUUACACAAAGUAAUGCUAUCGCUUCGCAAAGUGAAGUUAGCACCAGUGAAGCUACUGGAAAUUUAGAUGAACAUAAACCGGUUGAAAUUUCUGCUGUAAGCACAGUGUCGCCUGUCAACGUUGUUACACAAGAAAAACAAACCAUUAUUGAAACUGAAACUGAACUAAGUGAAACUCAAAUCCCUACCUCUUCAACAGCACACAUUGCUGUGGAGCCAACGGAAGGAUUUUCUAGCGAAGAAACUGUUCUAGGGUACAAAGAAGAAGCCCUGGAAAAAUUCUCUCUGCCAGAAAGUAAACAAGCUAUUCAAGCAAUUGAUGUAUUCGGAAAAGUUGCGGAAAGUGAAAUGAUUGACAUAUGUGAAAACCAAGGCUUCAUUAAAAAGAGCGAAACCGAAGCGUUUGUUGCUCAACCAACAGAAGAAGUUCUCACCAGCCUGAUUAUCACUGAAAAUAUGUCUGAAGAAAGAGAACAAGAUUUUGUGGGGAAAUUCAAGCCCGAAACAUCAAAAGUUGACGUAAGUUUAGAAAAGAACAAAAAACUUGUUAGUAUAACAGAAGUUUAUGUGGACGACAAAGAAGGUAAACUAAAUUUACUGGAUACCCCCAAAGAACAAACAGCCAUUGUAGAAUUGGACACAAAAACACUUCCAGAAGUUACUGAAACAAUUACUAGUGACACUAUAGAUGUUUCUGGUGAAUUUAAGCCACAAUUUUCUAGUGCAAAUGUCAAACAUACUGAGCUGGCGCAAAUUGUGCAAGAAAUUACAGAUGUUAAUGAAAAAGAAGGCGAAUUUGUUAAAAAGAUAACUUUAGAUGAGAAAACGGCUUCUGUAGCAUUGGAAAAAGAAGGCCAAACUGCUAUGACAAGUGAAAUCAUUAGUGCAGAAAAAGAAGACAAGUUUGAGGAAGCAGUAUCUCCAGAAUCUGGCGUAGCUGAAGCAAGUGUUUUAGAGAAAAAUACUGCUCAAGUAACAGAAGUAAAUGCUUCAGAUCAAUUAUCCGAGCAUAUAGAUUCUAAGCCGAAAGAGGCUAAUGCAACUACAGAUCAAACUUCUUUGAAUUAUGUUACCGAGUCGGAAAACAUCAUUUUAGAAAGUUCCUUGCAGCAAGAAGAGAUAAAACCUGAAUUUAAAAAGGCUGGAGCAACAAUUGACAAUAUAAUUUCUCUUAAUGUAUCCGAGGUUGUAGUUCAAGAGGCUUCAGAUGAUUUUAAAAAGGACAGUAUCAAAUUUGAAAAGGCAGUGCCACAAAUUGAUGAAAAUAAGGCAUUGGUAGAAUCUCAUAUUAUACCUAGUGAUGCUUUAGCAGAUUUUAAAGAAGACCAAAAGGAUUCUCAAAUUGCAACUACCAUACAAGACACUCUAGAAAGUAUUUUACUUUCAAAUUUAUUAGUGCAUGAUUCUGAACAGCCUUUAGAGGAAAGAUUAAAACUUGACACAAAGACUGCUAAUGUAGAUAUUAGUGAAAUAUCCUCAGUACAAAUUUCUGAAAUAACUGCACAGGAAAGUGAAAAGCAAUUCACGUCUUUUAAAGAACAAGGUGAAAAACCAUUAUCUUCAAUCACUCCACUAAUUGCUCUAUCAAGCGCCCAAGUGCAACCUCUUGAUAACUUUGGCAUGCUCGAAACUGACCAGCCCAAAGAAGUUGCAGCUCAGUUGACCCAAGAUCAGUUGACUUCUAUUACAGUGGCUUCUCAAGUAAUUGAAGAAAAAGAAGUACCAUUUAGCGAACAACCUACUGAAAAAAUGAGAGCCGAGACGUCAAUUUUGCCUAUAGAGUCAGUUAAAAUAAUUGAAACCUUAGCUGGAGAAUCUGAACAGGAAUUUUCUGAUUCAGUGGCAUUCAAAGCUGAAGCCAAUAAGGUUAUUUUACCUCAAGAAGCAACUGAAAUAUCAGAGAUACGCAGCGAACAAGAUAUAGAUUCUUUGACAAUUGAAAAACCUUUGCAGUACAAGGCAACUGAGGAAAAUGUACUCCACAUGAUAGCUGCUAAAUCUGAAGAUACUGCUGUGGAAAAAGAAGGCAAGCACGAAGAAAGAACGCUACCUGAAUCUGGCAAAGCCGAUGUCAAUUUAGAGAAAUUAGGAAGUAUAGCUAAUGUAACAGAAGUGAUAACCACUCAACAUGGAACUGAACUACAAACACAGCAACCUAAAGAAGAUUCAGCUACUUCUGUCAUACCUGAACGUGAAACUAUUCAAAAAGAAGAUGUUGAAGUUUAUGAAACUUUGGGCGACUAUUCUACAGCUCCAGUUUCAACCUUAAAUAUUAAAAUUGGUCUGGAAGAUGCCAAAACUAUAGCAAACAUAACAGAAAUACUAACCAAUCAAACUGAAACAGAACUUAAAGUUGACGCAGCUAAAACAGAUCAAGGUAAACAAGUGAUAUCUGAACAUACAGCUAUUGAAGAGUCGGAAACGAAAACUUUGGAAGCAUUAGGACAACAGGUUGAUGACACGUCAUAUAAAUCAUUUGUGGCUGAUGCAGGUUUACAAGAUUUAAAUGUAGCUGCUAGCGUAACUGAGGUUUUAACUCAACAAAGUGAAGCUGAACUUAAAAUAGAAGCUCAAAAAGGAGAAGUGGCAACGCCACAAGUUACUGAGCAAAAAGUAGUUCAAAAACAAGAUGUUGGAAUUUAUGAAACCUUAGGUGACUUAAUGAAAGACAAGGUUCCUUCAAGCACAAUGGCAGAUAUUAAUAUAGAAGAAGUCAACAAAGCACUUAUUGUUAAGGAAGUUAUCACAAGUGAGGGUGAAUCGGACUUAAGGCCUGACUUAUCUAAGCUUGAUCAAGCUACACAAUCGGUAAUAGAACAAAUAGUAAGUCAACAAGAAGAUGUUAAGGUCUAUGAAGCUUUAGGACAGUUAAUGAAAGAUAAGGCUCCUACAGAUGCGUCAGCGAAUAUUGAUAUUACUGAAACAAAUAAAGCAGCGAAUAUUACAGAAGUUUUAACAUGCGUUAAUGAGGAAUUAUUGAAAGAGCAAAAGCCUCUAGAGGAUACUGCUCAGGUGGCUCUAACUGAAUUAAGGCCUGUGGAGGAAGAACAAGUCAAAGUUUAUGAAACUUUAGGUAAAGAUAUUAAAAAGCAUGAGCCUACUGAAGAUAAAGUGGAUCUGAAUAUUGAAAAGGCCAGUAAAAUUGCUUCAGUAACCGAAGUGAUUUUGUCACAAAUGGAGCAAAAUUUAAAACCGGAUAUUCCUGAAGAAGGCAGAGCUGUUGCGUCGUUACUAGAAAAUCAAACUCUAGAAAGUCAAGACAUAAAAGCUUAUGAAAACAUCAAGGAAAUGGAUAAAUUUACAUUACCAUCAUCUACGGAAGUUGACGUUAAGCUUGAGGAAGCUAGCAAAAUUGCCACUGUAGCAGAAAUUAUACCUCAACAACAAGAAUCUGAUUUUAAAUCUAUAAAACCAAAAUCAGAUGCAGCUUUUACUUCAAUAACUGAAUUUAAAGCCUUUGAAACUAGUGAUAUUGAGGCUUUAGAAAAUAUUGCUUCUAUGCCACAAGACAAACAAGCUCCAAUACAAACAGCUACCUCCCAUAAAGAUACUUUUGAAAGCCUAAUCGAGUCUACUGUAACAAUUCAAGGCUCCACACAAUUAUUAGAACUUGAAAAGCCUUCCGAAAAAUCAGCGAAUCUAGAUAUUGUUACAAAAGAAAGUUUAACAAUCACAGAAACUAUCGUUCAAGGAAAUCUUGGAGAUCAAGUUUCCACAUUCAGUGCUACAGAAACUACAGCUGAUAAGCAAAUAGAGCAUAAGCCUGUCGGAAUUAGCUUAGAUAUCCAGACUCUAGAAACCUUUGGCGAAAUUAAACCAGACAUCACAAAAACUUCUAAAGCUCAAAGUGACUACGUAGACACAAAACAAAGCCUAAUAGUUACUGAACAAACGGUCUCAGGUAAUGUUACACAAUUAGAUCUCGAAACUCCCAAUAAGAAGACUGUUCACAUUGCUCUGGAAGACAUAAGAAAUCCUAGUUUGCUGAUAAACGAAGUCCUGUUACACGAACACUCUGGCGAAUUUAUUGAAGAAAUUCCUCAAGCCAAGGGCAAACUAGUCCACGAAGUCCGAGAAUCAGUUACAAUCGAGACUGUUAUGUCUCAAAAGCCCGUCGAAGAUGUUCCAUUAAUUGAAGAACUGCCAGAAGAAAUUGAGACUGAAGAAGCUAUAACUGAAGCUGGCGAGAAAAAGAAACGCACAAUCAAAAAGAGGACUAUUAGAAAACAUCUCAAAGGUACUUGUGAAGAUACUCACAUAGUAACUAUCGAGGAGGAAGGGAAAAUACCUCAAUCUUCUGUCACAAUUGAAGAAGUUGAUGAAGAAGAAAUUUCACCAAUCGCACCAUCAGAAGAAACACCAUAUUAUAUUGAAGAACUUCCAGAAGAAAUUAUUGAAACUGAGAUUGAAUCUCUAGAAGGCCCUAAAAAGAAAAUCUAUAAAAAAAGAAUACUGAAGAAGCGCAAAGGAAGCAAAGUAGAAACUACAGAAAUAUUCACGGUACAAGAAGAAGGCAAGGAACCAGAAACAUCCGUAACUAUUCAAGAUAUUACUGAAGAAGAUAUUGCACCAAAAAUUGUAGAAGAAGAAAAACCUACAUACAUCGAAGAGUUACCUGAAGAAAUUGAAGUGGAAGAAGUCAAAAGUAGAUGGGGUCCGAAAAGGAAAACAACAAAGAAACGUGUCAUCAAAAAACGUAUUGGCGAUAAACAAGAAGUAACUCAUAUAGUAACUGUGGAAGAGGAGGGUAAAGAGCCUUUAACGACUAUUACUGUAGAUGAAACAAUUAUUCCUCGGGAAGAAGUAGAGGCUUUACCGGAAGUUUUGCCAGAGUCUGCUAUUGAAGAACAACCGGAACAAAUAAUUGUUACUGUACUUAAUACCGAAGAAGGUCCUAGAAAGAAAACUAUUAAAAAGAAGGUGUUUAAAAAACAGAAGGGAGAUAAACAGGAGGAAACUUCUAUUGUUACUGUAGAAAUAGAAGGGAAGGCUCCUGAAGUUUCGAUUGUAACAAAAGAAGUGGAAGAAGAAGAGGAAAAACCAGUUGAAGAAAUUAAACCAAAAAAGAAAACGAAAAAACCUAAAAAACCUCAAGAAUCAUUAAUAACUGAAGAAGGCUACUUAUUUGUUCCAAGUUUGGCAGAAACUCAAAUCAAACCUGAAGGCGUUGAAGAUAUGAUCCAAAUGGAACUUCUAAAGAAAGCAUUGGCUCUCCAAGUUCCUGAACACAUCCCAGGUGAAGAACAAGAAGAGAUUAUCCAAGAAAAGAAAGUAAUCAAAAGAGUUAUCAAGCGCAAAAAGCAAAAAAUUGAAGAAAUUGAAAUCGAAGCUCCACUUAUUGCCGAAGAACUGCCUGAAGAAAUUAAAGUGGUUAAAACGACAAAUGAGUUGGGUCAACCUGAGAUGAAAAUAAUCAAAAAGAGAGUUAUUAAGAAACGUAAAGGCAAUAAAGAGGAAAUAACUACAAUCCAAACUGUAGAAGAAGAAGACAAACAACCACAAACAACUGUAGUUAUUGAGGAAGUGGAUCUACCAGAAGACGCACCAGAAAUUGACACCGAUAAUGUAGUGAUUGUAGAAGAAAUUCCAGAAAGAACUGAAAAGAAAAAAAUUAUUAAGAAGAAGAUAAUUAAGAGACGCCGGGGAAGUAAACAAGAAAACACUGAGGUGGUUAUAAUUGAGGAAGUUGGGAAAACUCCUCAAACUACAGUUACAAUCGAAGAAGUUGAUUUUCCUGAAGAGGCUGUAAAUAAACUUCCUGAAGUUGAAGAACAAACAAUUAUUAUUGAAGAAAUUCCCGAACAAGUUCAGGUAUUUGAAGAUGACACACGAAAAAAGAUAAUAAAGAAAAAAUCAACAAAAACACGCAAAGGAAGCAUACAAGAGACUAAAAAAGUGUAUACAGUGGAGGAGGAAGGUAAAAAACCAGUAUCGUCAACAAUUGUAGAGCAAGUAGACCUACCCGACGAAAUCUUAGAAGAAUUAUCAUUACCUACAUUUGAAAAAGCUAAGCCUGUGUUUAUUGAAGAUUUACAUGAAACAGUUAAAGUGAUCGAUGUGCAGACUAAAGUAGGUCCUAAGAAGAAGAUUAUCAAACAAAAAGUUGUUAAAAAAGAGCCAGAAGAAGAAGCCGAAGCUGAGGAACAACAACCAAUUAUAGCUGAAGAACUUCCGGAAGAAAUUCACAUUAUUGAAGAUAAAGUUGUUAAGAAACGCGCUGUAAGAACUAGAAAAGGUAGCAAACACGAACUAACACAAAUCUACACUGUAGAGGAAGAAGGCAAAGAGCCAUUGACAUCCGUUGUAAUUGAGGAAAUCGAUUAUCCUGAAGAAAUCGUCAGAGAACUUCCAGCAAUAACACCAGAACAAACGGUUAUAAUUGAAGAAAUUAAAGAUCAAAAGAAGAAAAUAAUUAAAAAACGCAAAGGAAGCAAACAAGAAACUACUGAAAUCGUUAUUCUUGAAGAAGUAGGAAAACCGUUUCAAACUUCAGUUGUUAUUGAAGAAAUUGAAAUCCCUGAAGAUAUUAUUGAGGCCCUACCAGAAACUGUAGAAGAACCAGUUAUUAUUGAAGAAUUACCUGAAGAAUCUGAAAUCAUAGACGAUAAAAAAACAAUUAAAAGGAAAGUUAUUAGGAAACGCAAAGGAAGCAAACAAGAAAUUACUGAACAAGUCACUUUGAUUGAAGUAGGUAAAAAACCACAAACGACAGUUGUAAUUGAAGAAAUUGAUAUCCCUGCAGAUAUUUUAGAAGAACUAGAACUUCCCAAACCAAAAAGUAAAAAGCCAGUGUUUGUAGAGGAAAUCAGAGGCAAAGUAAAAGUAGUCGAAACUGAAGUUUUCGAAGGCCCAAAAAAGAAAAUUAUCAAAAAGAAAAUUGUAAAAGAGGAAAUUGAUAUGCCAGAGGAAAUAGUAGAAGAAAUGGCGGAGCCAGAGGAAAUAAUAAAGGAACUUCCUGAAGAAAUUAGUAUCGUAGAGGACGAAUCAGGCGUGAGAAAGAUAACAAAAAAACGAACAAUUAAAAAACAAAAAGGUGUCAAACAAGAAGUUACCCAUAUUGUCACUGAAGAAGAAACUGGAAAGAAGCCACAAACUACAGUUACUGUAGAAGAAAUUGAAGCCCCAGAAGAGAAGGAAAUUGCUGAACUACCAGUAUACAUUGAAGAACUUCCUGAGGAAGUGGAAGUCGAAGAAAUUAAAAGCCGUUGGGGACCUAAAAAGAAGACAACCAAGAAACGUACUAUUAGAAAACAACAAGGUGACAAACAAGAAGAUACACAUAUUGUUAUUGUAGAAGAAGAAGGUAAAGAACCGUUAAUUUCAAUGAUCGUUGAAGAGACUAUCAUUCCCCUGGAAGAUACAAUUCUUAAACCGCAAGAUACUGAAAUAUUUGAACUACCAGAAGAAGUGAAGACAAUUGAAACAGUUACACCAGAAGGAGUUAAGAAAGAAAAAAUCAAAACAAGAAUUAUUAAGAAAAAGAAAGGCAAGAAACAAGAACAAACUGAGAUAGUUACUGUAGAAGAAGUAGGUAAAAAACCCAAAACCACAAUCACAAUCAUAGAAGAAGAUCUUCCAGAAGAAAUUGUUAGAGAAGCUCCUGUACCAGAGAUGUUACAAGCUAGUUUAACAUAUAUUCAAGAAUUACCCGAAGAAAUUCAGGAACAAGAAAUUAUCGAUGAGAAAGGUAGGCCAAAGAAGAGAAUAAUUAAGAAACGCAUUAUCAAAAAACCUAAGGGCGAUAAAGAGGAAGUAACUGAAAUUAUUGUAACCGAAGAAGAAGGUAAAGCUCCCGAAACUACUGUUACAGUGGAGGAAGUUGAUAAGGCACCAAUCAAAAAGAAAAAGACCAAGUCAAAAGAACCAAAACACUUAAGAAGAGAAGUUUCAGUAUUAUUGCCACUAGAAAUUAAAGAAGUGAAAUUCCAAAAAGUGAAAAUUGUCGACGCCAAAGAUGUGCCAUUAUUUGGUGAAGUUCAAUUACGUAAACCCAAAAAGCCUGUACAGCGCGAAGAGGUUUCUACCAAAGUCCAAAUACCAAGGCUCAAGAGUCGUAUCCAACAUAUACCUUUCCCACCUCUUUCUGAAACUGAAAAACUGCCAAGAAUUUCAGUAUUGGAACCUAUUUAUAGAGACAAUGGAAUUUUGUCUAGAAAUGUUCAAGAGGCUGAAAAGGUACCUAAAACAAAGAAAAGACGUUUGAGGGAUAAAGACUUAGGUCACAAACAUUUGGAGAAACUGGAUCUUGAAUUGGAGGAAUUGAAAAAGAAAGAACUGGAAAAGGUUGAUGAAGAUUAUAAAUCGGAAAAAAUGCCUCGUAGGAAAUCCGAAGCUCAGGAAGAACCUAAAAAGAUUAAAAUUGGCAAGGGCAAAGUUCCUCAAAAAGAAGACGUCGAAGAAAGCGUAACAUUGAAAAAAAUCCCCGAAAAGCAGGAAGAAAGUGAAGAAAAGCCUGAAUUGAAACCUGUAAAGAAAUCUACUGAAUCAAUUAAGAAACUAGAAAAACCUGAAGAUGAGGAAAGAGAUAAAAUUAAAUUUGAACCGUAUGAUAUUGAUCAUGUUGCUCCAGAGCUGGAAAAAUAUGAACCUGGAAAGCCCGAGGAAGAAGAGCCUGAAGAAAAAAUACCUGCAAAGGUAAAGUUAAUCAAGAAGAAAAAAGUUAAGCCAUCGCCAGAAACUGAAGAAGCUCAACUGGAGCUUGGCAUACCAAAACCAACCAAACCUGAAGAAGAACAAGAUAUUUCACUAAAAUACGCUCAAAAACCAAAGCCUGAAGAUGAACCUGAGGAAAUUAAAUUAAAACCACACAAAAAAGCUGAAGAAGAUGAAGAAUUUAAGGUUAAAGUAGACAGGGUAAUGAAAUAUGAUGCUAUUGUCACUGAUGAAGGGCCCGAUAUUGAAAUGGAGCUCAAACCUGAUGAAGAUAAGGAAAAACCAAAACCAAAGAAAACUAAGAAGAUUAUUAAACGUAAAGGCUCAAAAGUAGAUGAAAUACGUAUCGAGGAUUUGGACGUCCAAGAGGCAACUGUAGAGGAACUGUUAGAUACAGUUGAGGAGGAAGAGCUCGUACCAAAAAUAGUGGAAGGUGUGCUAGUUGAAGAACAUAAGCCAGAAGAAAUCACUGCUAUUGAUGAAAAAGAAAAGCCAAUAGAAGAAGUAACUGAAGAUCAAAAGAAAAAGAUAUUGAAGAAAAAGAAAACUAUAAAAAAGGUUCCUAAGGAGAAAUCUCCUGAAGAACAAGAAGAGGAAAUUGUCGAACAUGAACAAGAAGAAGUUCCUGAGCAAAUGGAAAAGCCAAUUAUGGAAGUACCUCAACCUGAAGAAUAUGAUGAAAAAACAAUUGAAAAAGAAAUUAAACCUGAGGAAUCCAUCGAAGAAACCAAACCAGAAGAAAAACCAAAGAAACCUAGAAGAGUUAUACCAAAACCAGAACCAAAGAAAGACAAAAUUCCCAGGCUUAAGAGUAGAAUGACUCAUAUUCCUUUCCCGCCCCAAAAUGAGUCACAAAAAAUUCCUCAAAUAUCUGAACUUCCUCCAGUUUACAAAGAUUCUGGGAUUCUUUCGCGUAACAUAGAAGAAGCCGGUAAAAUACCCAAGAAGAAGAAAAUCAAAGUUAAAGAUUAUGAAACCGAUCUAAAGGAUCUAGAAAAGUUGGACCUCGAAGUUGAAGAAUUGAAGAAAAAAGAAAAAGAGACUCUUGAUAAGGAUCUAUUCACUAGGCCUGAGAAGAAAAAGCCAAAAGAUAAAGUUGAAGAAGAUACUAAAUUGAAACUUGGUAAAGGUACGUUACCUGUAGAAGCACCCGAAGAUGAAGAUAUAAAAUUAAAGAAAAUACCUGUGAAGAAACCUGAUCUUAAAGAAGCAGAAACUCCGAAAAUUAAGGAUAAGCAACAAAAAGAAAAACCUGUGAAACCCAAAGGUGAAGAACAAGAAAUUAAAGCGGAACCUUUUGAGCCUUAUGAUAUCGAUAGAGAAUCUCCUGAAAAAGAAACUCUUGAUCUUUCAAAACCCGAGGAAGAAGAAGAACCAUUAGAUGAAAAAGAAAAACCCAAAAAAGUCAAAAAGAAGAAGGAAAAGUUAGCACCAGAAACAAUUGUAGCAGAACUGCAACCAGGAAUACCCAAGCCAAAAGAAACCGAGGAGAUUCCUGAAAUAAAACUCAAAAAGAAACAGAAACCAAAGCCUGAAGUGGAAGACGAAGAAAUAAGUCUAAAACCACACAAAAAAGAAGAGGGCGAUGAAGUUUACAAAGUAGAAAUUGAUACUAUAAUGAAAUUAGAUACUAUUAUUUCCUUUGAAGGGCCUGAAAUUGAAAUGGAACUCAAGCCAGAAGAAAAAAUUGAUACUGUUAAAACUAAAAAGAAGGUUAUUAAAAAAAUUAAGAAACCAAAGGAAAUAUUAGAUAUUGAAGAUAAGGAGGUUAAGCCAGAAGAGUCGGAGGUUAUCGAGGAAGAGGAAAUUGAAAAAGAAGAUAAGAAGCCUCAAAUAGAAGAAACAUUGGCUGAACUAGAAAAAGAAGUGCCUUCUGAAGAGACUCUGUUAGUGGAAGAGGAAAAGAUAAAGAAGAAAGUUAAGAAAAUUAGAAAGCCCGAAAUUUCUGAGGUAGAGAAACUAAAACCCAUCAAGUUAAUAAUUAAACGAAUUCCCGCAGAAACUCCCAAAAAACCGGUAAUAACUGAACAAGUUAAACCAGAGUUUGCUGAGAUUAAAUUGAAGAAAGUAAAGCCUGUGGAGAAAAAACCGGCAGAAGAAGCUCUUGUACCCACGAUACGACUUAGAAGUAAAUUGGAGUUGGUAGAAUUCCCACCUUUCGGUCAAAAAGAACAAAACGCAAUUAUUACAACUAUCGAGCCUGUUUACAGGGACAAUGGGGUAAUCUCCAGGAAUGUCGAAGAAGCUAAAACUGUUAAGCCAAAAAAGAAAAAAUUGGUAACUAGGCUAAAAGAAUUGGAGAAAGUUGAUAAGGAAUUUGAAGAAAGCAAAAAACCAUUGGAGCAAGUUGAUGAAGAAUUCAAAAAGAGACAUGAUAAGCCCAAAAAGGAAAAACUAAUACCAAUAAAAAUUGUAAGAAUAGAGCAUAAGCCACAAAAGGCCAAACUGAUUGAUUUAACUCCUGAAGUUGUCAAUUUUGCUGAAAUAAAACUAAAAAAAUCUAAACCAGUUGGUACCAAAGAACCUGUUCAAAUGGUGGCACCCAAAAUGAGACUCAAAAGCAGAAUUAAUUGGGUUGAUUUUCCUCCUAUUAACGAAAUUUUACAAUCUUUAGAAAUUACUCAUAUAGGAGCUGUAAAAGAUAAUGGAAUAAUUUCCAGAAACGUUGAAGAAGCUGAGAAAAUUAAAAAGACUAAACGUAGAAAGCUCAAAGACAUUGAUAAAGAAAUUCAAUCUUUGGAAAAAUUAGAUUUGGAAUUCGAGGAACUCAAGAAAGUUGAGCCUGAAAAGGUGGAUGAAGCCUAUAAAUUUGAAAGAAAACCAAAGAAGGUCCCAGAACAAGAAGAAGUUGAACCAGUGGAAAUUAGGAUUGGUAAAGGCAAGAUGCCACCAGCUGAGGAAGAACCGGAAGAAGUAAGGUUAAAGAAAAGACCAGAAAAAGUCAAAGAGGAACAAGUUGAAGAGAUAGUUAAAUUAAAGAAAACUAAACCUGAAAUAUUAGGAACUGAAGAAAAAUUGCCAGAAAAAUAUGUAGAUAAGCCCGAAUUUGAACCAUUUGACAUUCCUCAUGAUGACGUAGAAAAGUUGGAAUAUGAAAAACCAGACUAUCCUGAAGACGAUAAAGAAAAACCCGUUAAAACCAAAACAAAACUCAAAAAACCGAAAAAGGAAAAACCAGCUCCUGAAACUGAAGAAACCAUACUUCAAAAAGGCAUACCCACCAAGCCUUUAACAGAGGAAGAUGAAAACGUUAUUAUGAAAGCUCCUAGAAAACCUCUUCCUGAUGAAGAAGUUGAAGAAAUUAAAUUGAAACCACACAAAAAACAAGAGGAAGAUGAAGAAUUUAAAGUUCAAAUUGAUAGUGUAAUGAAACAUGAUACCAUAGUGACUAUGGAAGGGCCUGAUAUCGAUAUGGAAAUAACUCCAGAAGAUGAUGUUGAUAAGCAAAAACCCAAAAAGAAAAAAAUCAUAAAGAAGGUUAAACGUAAAGAUUCUACAGUAGAAGUUCAACAGGAAGUUGAGGUUGUUAAACAUGAAGCUGAAGUUAUUGAGCUUCCAGAGGAAAAAAUUUCAGAAGUAGGACAAAAAGAUGUCGAAGAGAAGCCUGAAGAAGUCGAAUCGAUAAAGCCUCAAGAAUUGGUUACAAAUGAGGUUGAAGAAGAAGCGACUGUGGAAACAGUGGUUAAGGUGAAGAAACCAAAGAAAAAGAUUCCAAAAGUGGAAGAAGUGCCAGCUGAAGCUGAAGAAAUCAUAGAAGACACUGAGGUUACUGAAAAGGUUAUUAAAAAGAAGAAGAUUCCGAAAUCUAAACCAGAAACUGAAGAAAAACCAGAAGAAUCUCAAGAAAUGAAAGAAGAAAUUGAACAACCAGAAAUAAUAUCUGAAGAAAAACCACAGAAAGAUAGAAAGGAAAGUUUGCCUGAAGCUCUAGAAGCUAAACCUAAAAAACCAAAACGACCUUUACCAAAACCAGAAGAGAAAAAAGACAAAAUUCCGAGACUAAAAAGUCGAAUCACCUAUGUACCUUUCCCGCCACAAAGCGAAGCAGAAAUAUUACCAAAUAUCACAGAGCUAGAACCAGUUUUUCGUGAUAAUGGCAUUUUGUCAAGGAAUAUUGAAGAAGCUGCUAAAGUGAAAAAACCAAAACGCAGAAAACUUAAAGAAGUUCCUCACGAAAUGACGGAUUUAGAAAAACUUGACCUGGAAUAUGAAGAACAGAAGAAAAAGGAGCUCGAAAAGGUCGAUGAUGCUUUCAAAUAUGAAAAGAAGCCUAAAGAAAAGCCUGAGAAACCUGAAGAAGAUCAGAAAUUGAAAAUUGGAAAAGGCCAGCUACCUAAAGAACCGGAAGAUGACGAAUUGCCAAAACUAAAGAAAGCACCCAAAAUCCCUGAAGUACCUGAAGAAUUUGUUGUUGACAUCGAGAAAACGAAAGAACCUGAAGUUGCUAAACCAAUUAAGCAAAAAGAUACGGAAGACACAGAAGUCCCACCAUUCGAACCUAUAGAAAUUGUAGAUGAUGAAGUUGAAAAGGUCGAACUCGAAAAGCCCGAAUAUCCAGAAGAAGAUACUGAGCCUACCGAGAAAAUCAAGGUGCCACUUAAGAAGAAAAAGAUAAUAAAGCCUGAAGAAAAAUCUGAGGAGAUUACUCUGAAAAAGGGCGAACCUAAACAACCACAACAGGAAGAACCUGAAGAAAUAAGUUUGAAAUAUAAACAAAAACCAAAGCCUGAAGAGAAGGAUGAGGAUAUUAAACUAAAACCUUUCGAAAAGGCAACUGAUGAGACAGAACCUCUCGAACCAAAACCAACAGAGGAGAAGCCCAAAGAGAUUGUACCACCUUCCAAGAAAAAGUCACUACCCAAAAAGCCAGAAGACAAAAAGGCGGAAUUAGGAUUCAGAUUAAAGAGUAGAAUAAAUUAUGUGGACUUCCCACCUUCAGCAGAAUCCAAACAAACUCCUUUGGUAAAAGAUUUAGAGCCUGUAACUAAAGACAAUGCAAUCUUAUCAAGGAACAUCAAAGAAGCUGAUGAAAUCAAGCCAAAGAAAAAGAAAAAGAAGACUGAGCCGAAACUGGAUCACCUCGAAAAACUAGAUCAAGAGCUUGAAGAAUUGAAAAAGUCACGUGAAACUGUUGAUGAUGAAUUUAGAAAACGACCAACAAGACCUAAAAAAGAAACGCUUGUACCUAUAACUAUUGUAGUUGUAGAAGUCAAACCUCAGAAGGCGAAAAUAGUAGAUCUAACACCUGAAGUAGUCAAUUUAGCGGAAAUUAAAUUGAAGAAACCCGCGAGAAAACCUGAGGUUAAGGAACCACAACAAUUAACAAUACCAAAACUUAAAUUAAAGAGCCGAAUCAAUUGGGUAGAUUUUCCACCACUCAACGAAUUACUUCAAGAACUUAAAAUAAUCGUAAUAGGAGCUGUGAGAGAUAAUGGAGUAAUUUCCAGAAACAUUGAAGAAGCAUUAAAAAUAAAAAAGAAAAAGCCCAAGAAAUUCAAGGAAGUAGACAAAGAAUUAACGGAUCUUGAAAAACUUGACCUGGAAUUUGAAGAAUUGAAGAAAAAAGAACCUGAAAAAGUGGAUGAGGCCUACAAAUAUGAACGUAAGCCAAAAGAAAAACCUGAAGAGCAUGAAGAAGAACCACAAAAAAUUAAAAUAGAAAAAUCCAAGAAAACUCCUGGAGUGCCCGAAGAACCAGACACGGUUACUCUAAAGAAACGCCCUGAGAAGAAGGAAGAAAUUCUCCCAGAAGAAACCGUUAAAGUCAAACUUGUUGCAAAACAUGAUACCGACGUCACAGAUAAAGAACCACAAAAGGAAGUUGAAGCACCUUCAUUUGAACCGUUCGAAUUCAAAUCUGAAGAAACUGAACUUGAUAAAUUUGAACCUCCAGAGCAUGAGAAGCCAGAAAAACGGAAGGUAAUUAAGAAAAAACCUGGUAAAAAACCUGAAGAAGAAGAAAAACUACUUAUUGAACCUGAAGAAACUAUUUCAGAAAAACCAGCCAAAAAACCCAAAGAACCUGAAGAGGAAGAACAAAUAACAAUAAAAUCUCCUAGGAAACCUAAACCAGAAGAAGAACCUGAAGAAUUCAAACUUAAACCAAUUAAAAAGCCAGAUGAAGUUGACCAGGGUGAAGUGGUGUCCAUUACUAUACCUCCUGCUCCAAAGGAAGCCAAGGAAAUUGAACCAAGGCCUGACGAUGAAAUUGAUUUUACACCUAUCGAAUAUGACGAUAUUCCAAAGAAAAAGAAAAAAGCAAAACCAAAAACGAAAGAUUUGGAAGAGAAACCGUCUGAAGAAAUUCCUGAAGAAAUACCUAAGGCUGAGGAUGACGCUGUGGCCGAAGUUACUUUCAAACCAAAAUUCAAACCGACACCUACUACAGAAGAAGAAGUUCCAGAAGAAAGUGUUAAAGUUGUCAUCAAGAAACAAGAACCUAAGCCUAAAGUGGAAGAUGAAGUUGAAGCAGAAAUAAUUAUAUUAAAGAAAAAACCCAAGCCAGAAGAAGUAGGUGAGGCUGAGGUUGAAAUAAUAAUAAAGCCUGAGGAAAAAGUAGAAGAAAUUAUUGAAGAGAAAGUUGUAAUUAAAAAGAAGAGAGUUAAAAAACCUGUACCAGACGAAGCCUCUGCUGAACUCAAAGUCGAAAAAGAAGAACCAAUUCCUGUGGAAGAAGUUAAAGUUGUUAUAGUUGAAGAAAAACCAGAAAAAGAAGGUGUUUCAAUUCAAGAAUUAGAACCGGAAGAAAUUCCAGAAGAAUCAGCUAUUCCACAAACUCCAUCCGAGUUGCCUAUUGUCGAAGAACCAACAGAAGAAGAACCUGAGGUUCAAAAACCACAAGCAAUACAAGUAAUUGUGGAGCUCACAGAAGAAGAGCCAGAAAAAGAAAAACCAGUUCUUGAAGAAGAAAUUGUUGAAGUAGUUAAAAUUAAAAAGAAAACUAAAAAACCUAAAGAAAAACCCUCAGAGGAAGUAGUUCCGGAAGAAAUCAUUCUGAAAAAGAAACCUAGCGAAGAACCUACUAAAGAAACAAUAGUUGAAAUUCAAUUACCAAUAAUAGAAGAAAAACCAGUUGAGCCACUUCAAGAAGAAGUUGAGGAAACAAUUAAAAUACUUCCAAAGAAAUUAACUCCUGAGGAUGAAGGAGAAGCAGAAAUAAUAAUCAAGAAGCACGUACCUGAAGAAGAAGUUGAAGAGACGCCUAAAGUUGAAGAAGAAGUUACUGUUUCUAUAAGAAAACCUAAAAAAUCUCCAAAGAAAAUUGAAGAAGAUGAAGCGGAGGUUGUUAUAAAAAAAAUAAAACCUGUAGACAAACAACCGGAAGCUGAUAGUGCAGUUAGUGCCAGUUUUACGAUUCCUGCAAGUGAUGAAGGCGAUUUGGCACUUAAGGUACCUCACGAUGUGACCGAAAUCAGUGCUGAAGCUGAGUUAGUAAUAAAAGUACCAGAAGAAGAAGAAAAAGAAGUACCUACAGUAGUUGAAGAAGAAACGAUCACUAUAAAGAAGAGGAGGAAGAAGCCAGUUGCAAAAACUGAUGCUGCACCUGAAGAGGUAGAAGUUAUUAUCAAACCUACACCAGAAACUGAAGAAGUUGAAGCUGAAGUUAAAGUUAAAUCAAAGCCCGAAAAAGUGCCAGAAGAAGGAGAAGAUGAAGUUAGUAUUAAAAAACACGUGCCUAUGCCUGACGAAGAAGAGACUAUUGUUAAGCCCAUUCCAGAAACUGAAGACGUUGAAGCUGAAAUUAAAGUUAAACCUAAACCUGAAAAAGUGCCUGAAGUAGGUGAAGAUGAAAUCAGCAUCAAAAAACAUAUUCCUGUACCCGACGAUGAUGUUAAACCGCAGCCGGAAGAAGAGGUUAAAGAGGAAGUAAUAAUAAAGAAAAAGAAAAAGAAGCGCGCGCCUCAACCUGAAGAAGAAAUUACUGAGCAAGUUACUAUUAAGCCCAAGCCUAAAGAGGAAGACGUGGAAGCUGAAGUAAAAGUACCUGUUAGGCCUGAAAAGGUACCGGAAGACGGCGAAGCCGAAGUAAGCAUUAAAAAACACAUUCCGGUGAUCGAAGAUGAAGAAGAAGUUGCAGUAAAACUUAAACCAGACGAUGAAGUGGAAACUGAAACUGUUAUUAAAAAACCAAAGAAACGUCCCACAAAAUCUGAUGAGGGUGAAGACGAAAUAACUGUCAAAAGACACGUCCCAGUUAAACAAGAUUCUACAGAAGAAGAAAUAGACAUUAAAAAGCCAACUGAACAAGACACUGAGGAAACUUUCAAACAAAAGAAAUUAAUAAAACCUACAACUGAUGAAGGUGAAGAUGAAGUAUCUAUUAAGAAAUACGUUCCAGUUGAACCAGAGCCGGAAGAAGAAGCUGAAGCCGUUUUUAUUAAAAAACCAUUCAAGCCUGAUGAAAUACCUGAAGAAGUUGAAGCUGAAGUUACUAUCAAAAAGAAGACAUCUCCUGAACCAGAAGCAGCAGAAAUUAAAAUAAAGAAAAAAGUUCCACCAAAGAAACCACCAGUUGAAGAAGCUGCUGAAGAACUUACUGUUAAAAAACUGAAACCCAUUCGCAAAGCUUCAGUACCUGAAGAUGAAGAUGACAUUAUUAAAGAAGAGGAAAUUCCUUCUGUUACAUUUAAGCCAAGAACUUCUACAACCAAAGAAGAUGUUGAGCAAGAGUUCAGGAUAUCGCUCGACUCCUAUGCAGAGGAAGAAAUUAAUUUAUCUUCAAAAAUAAAACUGAGAAAGCCCAAAAAGAAAACUUUCGGUGAACAAGCAGCAGAAGAAUCUGUUAGAAUUAUCGAGGAAGUUGAAAGUGAAGGUCCGGCAAUAGAAGAAAUCAUUGACGAAGGCAGUGACGCCGAGGACCUUCCAUUGGACGAAGAUGAAGUUUCCGAAAACUUCCAUGUAGCCUUUAAAAGGAAACCUUCGAGAAAAUAUUCAGUUGUACACGAAGAUGAAGAAGAUAUCAGCCUUAGUAUUAAGAAACCAUAUACGAAGGAUGAUUAUGGAGAGUCUGCCAUUGAUGUCACGAUCAAACCGAAGAGAAAAGACUCAGUUUCAUUAUCAGAAGCGGACGUAUCUUUGAGUAUCACUAAGGAAAAGGAAAUAGAAAAGGUAACGAUUAUUCAUGAAGAAGAGGUGCAACAAGGAGAUGUGUACUAUUCGGUUACUUUUUACGAUGCUGAAGCUGAGCAAGCUUGCGACCUAGUUGAAGGUGAAAAGGUUUACGUAGUAGAAACACAAGACGAAUGGUGGUUCGUGAAGAAACAUCUCACGGAAGACAGUGGAUGGGUACCAUCAAACAUUCUCAUGGACGAAGAACAAUAUAUCCAAUUUGUUCAAAAGAAACUCAAUGAGAAGAUCGAUAAAUUGCCUGUUCUUGAAAAGCCAAAAGCUCCAGAAAAACCACGAGCUCCCAAAUUCCUUGAAAAGCUUAAACCUAUAACCACACACGACGGUUUUACAGUAACAUUCCAAUGUAAAGUGGAAGGAUAUCCACGACCACAAGUAACUUGGUUCCGUCAAACUCACAUCAUAAAAGAAUCCAUAGAUUUUGAAAUGUACUACACCGAAGAAAACGUUGCUUUACUUGUUAUUAAGGAAGUUUUUCCUGAAGAUGCUGGUACUUUCACCUGCGUAGCCAAAAAUUCAGCUGGAUUUGCUUCUAGCACAGCCGAGUUGACUGUUGAAGGUCCUUUAUCUUCCCAUGGAACUGACAGGACACAUUCAAUUUCCAGAAAGAGUCUUUCCAGGACUUCUUCAUUGGCUGACAUACUUGAUGGCAUGCCACCAGUGUUUGCUAAAAAACCAAAAACACAAAGUGUACCUGAAAAUGAAGAUAUUACAGUUGAAGCUGUGUUAGCUGCCAUUCCAGAACCUGAUAUUAAAUGGUAUAGGAAUGGAAAGAGGAUAAGUACAAAGGAAAAUAUUACUAUUACAACUACUAGUGAAAAUUACACUUAUACCACGACAAUGAAAAUAAGUAGAAUCACUAAAAAACACCAUGAAGGUCGCUACAAAAUUGUAGCUAAAAACAGGGAAGGUCAUGCUACAGCAGAAUUUACUUUAAGAGUACGUUCUGCAGAAAAGGAACCUCCAGAAGUAGUGGAACCUCUUCAAUCUACCACAAUUAGGAAAGGAGAAAGCAUUACACUAACCACAACUAUUGUGGGUAAUCCCGAACCUGCCUUACAGUGGUUUAAAAAUCAUAAACCAUUAGAAUUAUCACCUAGAAGAAAUGGUGAUACUUAUACAGUAUUAAUUGAAAAUGCUCAACCUAGUGAUCAGGGAGAGUAUACCGUUAAGGCCAGAAAUCCCAUGGGAACUGCUGAGACAAGUGCAUUCCUGACUGUACAAGAAUUCCCCGACAACACCGAACCACCUCUCUUCGUCAAACGUUUCGAAGAACAAAACAUUCCCGAAAAAACUCCCCUUAUAUUGAGAGCCAAAGUAACUGGCAAUCCACAACCAGAAGUCACUUGGUUGCUCAAUAACCAACCCCUCGAAUCAUCCGACAGGGUCAGAAUCCUUUAUGAUGGAGAAAAUAUUGAACUUACCAUCAAAGAAACCAAUUCCGAAUUAGAUUCAGGAGUUUAUAAAUGUGUAGCCACAAACUCAAUGGGAAGAGCUUCUCAUGGCGCUUCAGUUAAUGUUGAAGUUGAUACUGUUAAGUUCACUAAGAAGCUUCAAAAAUCUUACAAAACAUUCGAAAGAGAAACUAUUGAACUUGAAUGUGAGACUUCACAUUCUGUUAGAACUAAAUGGUGGUUCAAUGAAACUGAAAUUAGUGGAAUGGAUCAUAGGGCAGUUGUACAUGAUGGAAGAACUCAUAAAUUGAUUAUUAAAAAUAUUUCUAAGAAUGAUGAAGGCAACUAUAAAUGUACUGUUAAGAAUCAAAAGACAGAGACUAUAGUCAAUGUUGAACAAAGAAAGCUUGAAUUCGUCAAAAAACUAGAAGAUUUGGAAAUUACCGAGAAGGACAGUGCUAUUUUGGAAGUUGAAAUUACUUCAGAUACUGCAGAAGUUAUUUGGCUUAAAGAUGGUCUUCCAAUUAACACUGACGAUAAAUUUGGAACUGAAAAAGAUAAAGGAGUUCGGAAACUGCUUAUUAGGUCAACUUCUAUUCAUGACGAAGGUGAAUACACUUGCAGACUUUUGGAACAAGAAUGCAAAGCUGAUGUAACUGUAAUAGAACUGCCUCCAGAAAUUAUUACCCCUCUCCAAGAUAAGACUGUCACAAAAGGUGAAAAGGCUGUAUUUGAAAUUGAACUAUCCAAAGGAGAUGCUAUGGUUAAAUGGUACAAAGACAACAAAGAAAUUUCAUUUUCAGAACAUAUUCAAUUAUCUAUUGAUGGAAAAACUCAAAAACUCAAAAUUUAUAAAUGUGAACUUGAAGAUCAAGGCACUUACACAUGUAAAGUUGGUAAACAAUCAUCGAGUGCCUCACUCACGGUGAACGUGGCUUCGUGCUUAUGGAUUAAGCCUCUACCAGAAGAAACCAUCGUUCCAAUAAAUACUGACGCUGAAUUUGAAGUUGAACUGUCUAGAGAAGAUGCUGAAGUCACUUGGUGGCGAAAAGAAACCAAAAUUGAAGCAAGUUCUAGAUACAGUAUCACCAAAACUAAGACAUUUAGAAAAUUGGUGGUCAAAACAGUUACAUUAGAAGACCAAUACGACUACACUUGCACUGUGGAAAAAUACAAUUUGAAAACAUCGUCAAAAUUGAAGGUUGGUGAUAAACCGAGCCCGCCGAGAGGCCCAUUGGAAGUAUCAGGAAUGACUGCACAAUCCUUCACCAUUCAAUGGAAGCCGUCUGAAUAUGAUGGAAACUCAGAAAUUUUGGAAUAUAUUGUUGAAAUGAAAGAUGUUAAAUCCAAAAGGGACUUUAAGAAAAUUGGCAGUACCAAAGGUAACAUCACAGAUUUGGGUGUAUGUGAACUCAAAAAAGAUCAUGGGUAUAAAUUCAAAAUAUAUGCCAGAAAUGCUCUUGGAACUAGUGAACCAUAUUGCCCAGAAGAUGCCAUUGUUGCUGGUUCUAGAAUAACUCCUCCUUCACCACCAAUCAACCUCAAAGUCAAAGACCUAACAAGUCGCAGUGCUACCAUCACCUGGGAACCUCCACUAAACGAUGGAGGUAGCGAGGUAACCGGCUACGUUCUGGAAAGAAAACUCGAAUAUAUGCCACAUUGGGAAAAAGUUUGUACUUUAGAGGCAUUUAGUUUGGAAUACACAUUCGAAAACCUCAAGGAAAAGAGCGAUUAUGUGUUUAGGGUAUAUGCGGAAAAUGUUAUCGGGUUGAGCGCUCCGGCUCAAACCGGUAUAAUUCAGAUGAGAACUUUGGCAACGGUACCGUCACCACCAACAGCUCCAUUGGAAAUUCGUACCAUUGGGCCGAACGCAAUAGUUGUAGAAUGGGGAAUACCUGAGUCUGAUGGUGGAGCUCCAUUACUUGGAUAUAAUAUUGCUAUUAAAGACACCAAAAAGACCAUGUGGAUGGAAAUUGGCAAAACACCAAAAGGUUUACAAAAGUUUACUAUUCGUGAUCUACAAGAAGACCACGAAUACAUGAUAAGAAUAUUUGCCAGGAACGAAAUUGGGUUGAGUGGUCCUUUAGAAUCCGAUGAACCUUUCAAAGUGUUACCAUCAGGAGAGACGGACCAAGACGACUUCAGGGAAGUCACCUCAGAACGAGAGCCAACUUCGAGAAGCUCAGAAACAACGACUUCCUGGCUCAGAGAAAACAGUAUGGACGCUGAUAUAUCGUCCUACCAGAAGGGCAAACUAUUACGUAAAGAUGAAUACUUCUUCAGGAUUUGGUGCUACGCCACCAAACUGUUCAAGUAAAACUGUAGGUCACUAUUAUUAUUAUUAUUUUUUUUCUUUAUUUUUGUUUGUACGGAUGUAAAUAAUUUUUAUUUUUAAGCUGUAUGUUUUAUAUACUAUUUAUUAUAUAUUUCAAUAAUGAUAUUUCCUGAGAUUGACUUUAAAAAAAAUAUGUCCUUAUUUAAUGCCUUAUGUUAAAAUUAUGUUAAUUGAAAAUGCGAGUUGUGAGCGAACACAGAAGUAAUUUAAUAAAAUAUAAUAUUAACAUAAGGUCUAUUAAAGAUACACUGUGAUACCAAUAUAAAGGAGAUUUACAAUGGCGAAUUAUGUGCCUUAUGAUGAUGCUAAAUUUUGACUUUAUUAUACGAAUUUUACGACUACAUAUUACUGCUAUAUAAAAAUGUAGACAUUGUACAAUUAUUUUUAUUCGAUGCCAUAUUUUAAUAUUUGUCGAUAUACUCGUUAUUUAUUUAUUUUACUUUGAAUAUCAUUUUUUUGAGCAAAUUAAUAAUGUGAAACGUUUGAGAGACUAAAUAUAGGUGCAUGAUAAAAAAAAAAACUGUUAUUGAUGAUGCUCAAAACAAUGAUAUAAUUUUUAUGUUAAUUUGAGUUCCAAGAAUAUAUAUUUGUCGAUUAUUAA